AUGAUGGUGAGGGGAUGGAGGUCAGUGCACAGGAGCCAGAGCAGCAGGACCCAUUCACCAGAGCCAGAGGAGCCCCUCUCUCCACAAACACGGCUGGCUCUGAGACAUAAGGAGCAGCAGGAGAUAUGCUGUAGGAGGCUGAGGCAGGUAAGGGCCCUCAGCCCAGGUGGAGCUCAUUGGCUCGGGAAGGAGGUGUGUGAUUCGUCACCUGGAGUGGGCUCAGGACAGGUGAGGGUCACCUGCCUUGUCAAGCCCAGAUGCUGCAAUCAGCAUGCAAGGUGUAAAAGGGGAGCAGAAGUGAGGUGCUGGGUCUGCUCAACUUCCCAUGGCUUGGCUGCUCCGGGGAGCUCUUGGGGACUGUGCUUGUGUGGGACUGACCUCCAGGUGCCCUAACCCCUGGAUUGGCUGUAAAGGCAGGAAUCUGAUCUGACUGGACUUUGGACCUGUUGACCUGCUGGAUUACACAUUAGUAUCUGCCUUGGGAUUGUGUAUACCAGCUGGACUUGCCACCAGGUACCCCGUGGUUCACAACACACUUUGCUUUUGCUCUGAUUCUAAUUUUGUUAUAUAUUUAAGAAGAAUCAUCUAUGCUUGGAUAAAGCAUAUGCUUUGUGGAAUUAUUCAGGAUGUAUCAUUGACUGUUUUUGUACCUGUUUUGAAGAAGUUCUUCUUGUUAAAGCUUUGAAUCAGAAUUAUGGGUCUGGACAAUUUUUUUUAUUCCAAAAGGAGUAAGGUUUUGUGCAUCCAAUCGCUUCGUGCUGCAUAGUAUUAUUUGCCAUGAGCUUCUAGACAGGGAUAGAAGGACCUGGCAAUUCCAUUUCUUUCAUUGUUUCCAAUUUGUAAUUCAGUUCUCCACGUUCCUGCAGCAAUUUGUUAUUCACACACUCAUAUGCACAUCCUCUCCCACCAUGCCCCAACGGAAUCCAGGCUGACUUGGGAACCACUGCCCUUACCCAGAUCCAGUCCUUCAUCAACUUGCAGGGCAGGGCUAAACUCUAAUUAAACAUCUGGUCAGCAUGUCAAAUGCUGCAUCUCCUCCCUCUCUAAUGCCCAACCAGGAGCAGGAGGGUUUAAUUGUCCUGUGGGAUGGAGGGCAUUCCUUCACUGCUGCCAUGCAGAGGCCCCCUUCACACAGCUCACACUGUGGGUGUUAAGUUGUGGGUGAACAUAUUAGACAACACAGCGCUUCUUCAAACAGCUCUUGUUUAUUCAUAGGCCAGAACAGAACUGAACUGAAGGGUUCAGCCAGCCUGUUUAUAUAGAGCUCCACUACAAUGCAACAGUAACAACUUUCUGUAACUAUCCAAUCACUGAACGUCACUUUCAAUUCCUUAUUUGCGUAUGUAGACCUGAGUGAAAACUAUCUACAGUAUCCCCUUGCUGGCCCAGGGUGAGAACUUCAGUACAUAACAGGUGGCACAUGGGGCACCCAACCAACGGUGAUGCAAAUGCCACUCUCAGUACCUGUGGCCCUGAGCCAACCAUCUUGUCUGCUCCUCUGCAAAUACAUCUCAGGUUAAAACGUAGUCCAAAAAUCUGGAACUCCAAAAUUCCAAACUAAAGGGAAGUGGGCCGUGCAAUAUUAGUGGAGUAGAAUAAACCAAUUAUUGGAACGCAAACCAUGAAGAUGAAAUGCUGUGUUAUAUGCAUAAAAAUAGAAAUAAAAUGGGCCAACAGCAGUGCAUCAAAUCACUUUCAGUAAGAACGUAAGAAUAGCCCUUCUGCAUCAGGCCAAGAGUGAUGUAGUCCAGCAUCCAGUUCUCACAGUGGCCAACAAGAUGCCCAUGAGAAGCCUACAAAGCAGGACUCGAGCAGAAGUGUACAGCUAGUUCAUACUAAAGACUGGCAGGCUUAUUCGUGCAUAGAGCAAGUUUAUACUGAAGGCUGGAGCCUUGGAAAGGAUUUCGCUGUAGUGUUUCAGGAGAAUUGGUGCCAGUGAUAAACAACACAGCUGCAGAACUUCAGCAGGAAAAAAGGUCAGAUUCUAAAACUUUUGUUUCUUGGAGCCCACAUUUUUAGCUUGAAAUACGUAAAAACACGCCUUUGUUGUGUGUUUCUUGUGGGUACUAUUUCAUGCAGGGAUUUUCAAAUCAUAUACACACAAGCAGUGUGACAAUUAAAUAUGCAUGCAGGAUUUUUCACCAGCGUAUUGCAAAGGUAAAACCAAACUUUUAAGAUGGGUUGAGUAGUUUCUCUACUCCUGAACUGGUUACCAUAGACUUGAUUUAUAAUGGCAUAGGAGUGCUCCACUGAAAAGCGCUGAGGUGAUCUUGAAAUUUUGUCUUUGGUACUAGAUCACAGAUAGCAGAGGCAUAUGUAGAAGUUGAUGUUGAGGUUGAUAUUGAGGUUAAUAUGUGGAGGUUGAUGUUGCAGUUAUCAACUGAUGAAAGGGCGUAAAUGAACCACGGUUAAGCUCUGUUCCAAAAGCAUGUGCCUUUAGGUUUAAUUAUGUAGUGUAAAUUAUGUUCAUCUAUAAAAUAUGCAUUUUCCCCCUCCAGCUGCAACCAACAACCAACUUCCUACAAACAACAUGCAUUGGCUUUAAUGUGAUUCUUCUGAAUUACAGCGAUUUCAAUCUAGAAAGUUUUCAAGGUUUUUUUUAAGCAAAUAAAACAUAAUAAUGUAAUUAUGUGUACUGUUUUGAAGUUUAAUUGGAAUAUGGGAGGCAUUUUAUUUGAAAUGUUUAUUUUAAGCAAACCUCUGCUAUCUCGUUUCACUCUGUGCCCGUUUUCCUUUGUUAAUUAAACUCUAUGCAAUAUAAGUUAUUUAUUAAUUUAACAAAAAAUAUGUCACUUGAUUGUAAGAAAACCUUUAAUCAGUUUGUUUCAACUUUUGUAUCUCAUUUUAUUUAUUUUUACACAGAUUUGGAUGGUGAAGGUUAAACUUCUGAUUACUUGAAUAUUUAAAGAGACUGAAAUAGGAUCAAAUUGUGCACAGCUAGAAAACUAAUGUACUGUAUAUGCUGCUUUUAUAAACUGUAGUCCUAGUUUCAUUCACUGUACGGCUUUCAUUAUUUUUCAGAUGAGAGUAUUCAUUUUCUUCAUAAUUUUAAUAACAAUGGUCAGUGUGGCUGUUUUCCUUGCUUUGGUCCAAUGGGGCAGGAAUGACUUAUUCAGUAAGUAAAAAUGAAAACAUUCUUUACAAUACAGGGGGAAGAGGGGCACACAUAAUGCCCUAAGUAUUAUUUGAUGUAUUUGGAGGGGGGAGCCCUAAUAUUGUUUUUUUUAAAAAAAAAAACACCUCUUGGUUUACUUUAUUGAGAAUUUUUAUAGGAUUUUAUUCCCCUGUUUGGGGUAAAGAAAAGUCAUUCACCUUUUCUGUCCCGAUAAAGUUCUGAAUGUGUAGUUUUAAAUUAUAUUGUAUCUCAUGGCAUGCUAUUUUUUGGGAAUUCACACUUCAUUUAUUACUUCCAUCUUUAGAAAGCCUUAACAUCAGGGUCCCAUUCCUAACUGUGUAUUGAUGUGGUCCACUAGCUGCAGCAGUUAGGAGUCUUACACAACGUUCCAAACCCUUGAUCAGGCACCCCCAACCUGCGGCCCUCCAGAUGUUUUGGCCUACAACUCCCAUAAUCCCUAGCUAACAGGACCAGUGGUCAGGAUGAUGGGAAUUGUAGUCCAAAACAUCUGGAGGGCCGAAGGUUGGGGGUGCCUGCCCUAGAUCCUCAUUGCUGGCUCUGCUGUUAGGGAGUUUCCAUUGCUGCAAAAGUCCCUGCUGUAUCCAGCAAAAACAAAAAAAAAUACACACCACCCCAAUCUGUAAGGUACUAAUCAGCCAAAGGCCUGGUUGCAGAAGAACAUUUUUGCUUAGUGCCUAAAAAUAUAUAAUGAAGGCUCCAUGUGAACUUCCCUGGAGAGAGCAUUCCACAAAUCGGGUCCUCCCUUAAAGAGGGCACGUGUUGCAGUGAGACCUGGCAACCUAACCCUGUGUUGUGGAUGGGUAUGAUUGGAUAGCCACAACACCCAAUUGGUAGGUUCCUUGAUGCUGGGUUUGAUCAGGCCAAUGGGACGCAAGCUAAAUGGAUCACGGGAUCUAUUUAUGCCCAUGCACGUGACCCAGAGCUUCCUCUUUCGGCUUGUGCAUUUGGAACACCCGCCCACCUCUCCCUACUUUUAGGGCUUGUGCGCUUGACCUUGCUAUGCCAUCGUGUGUCAUCUGUCAUUGAGACAGGGGUACAGCAGGAAUUUUCCCCACUUGGCUGAUUGGCUGUUGCCAUUUGGGUUUCGCCUGCUGUGUAGCAAAUUGUCACAACUUUGUAAGGUUGCGGAUAGGCUCUGGUUCAGGUGAUAGGGAUGGGAGAACGCUCUCGCCAUCCCUAUGUGAAGUGUAUUCCGUUAAAGGACUUCAGGGACACGAUGGUUUGGUCAACCCCUGAGAGGGGGUUGUGCCUGUGCCUGAGUCCAGGGGGGCAUUUGGGUGGCAGAGAUAGCCUGUUCCCGGCUUUCCGCUUAUCCAGAUGUUCACCCUAGGCUGACCUACGCUGACCUAUGUCCAAUUCAUGGCAUGCUGCAUGCUUUUGUGUAUUGCUAUUACAAAUUAUGUCAAAUUAUGCUUUGGUCCUGUGGUGACUCUCUUUUAAACAUGUAUAGGAAAAGCAAAAGAGCAUGGAAUUAGGAGAACUCUGCAGGAAACCACUUCCAUCCAAGGUGAAGAAACAGCCAGAAGAAGAGAAAGGUGAGAUAGCAACCUCAUACCUGGCCUUGCUCAGUGAUCUCUUGCAGGUGCCUGCUUACAGAAUUUCCUGUCUACAUUCACCUUACAAUUGCAUCAAGGCAGGACAGAAUAAUAAAAAAAGCCUUCUGCACUUCAUAAUUUACAUAUGGGACUCUGGAUUACAAUAAUAGGCUUAAAGUGGAGAAAAAGAUUUAUACUGAUUAAAGCACUGAUUCCAGAUCAUGCAGGCACAGAAACCACGAGGGUGGUAGAAAAUGAGCAUCUUAUGGAUGAUUAGAAUCUAUGCUCGUGGCAAGAAAUUCUGUUAAGUAUUCUAAUUCUUCCAACUUUGUAACUGCAACUUGCAGCAAAACAAGCCCCACAUAACUUACAACAAACUAUUAAACUGUGUUGUGGUUCCAGAGGAGAGCUGGAGGAAACCCAGGUACAAAUCCUUAAAGCUCAUUGGAUGAUCAUGGGCCAGUCCCUGUUUCUUAGCCUAACCUAACCCAUAGGAUUGUUGUGAGGAUAAAAGAGUUGAGAACCACACAUGCCAACUGAUAUGCCUGGAAGAAAAGCAGGGCUUAAAGGCAAUAUAUAAAUAAACGGGAUCAACGUAUUAUUUGUACACUCAGAGGUGGUAUAGAUAAAUUGGGGGUUGGCUUUUGCUGCCCAGCUCCCCAAGGGACUCUGGGUCUCCUCAGUCCAUGAUCAGUCAGAGAAGAAUGGAUAGAGGCAGGAUCCAAUGAAAAGAAAGGCAGAUCUUUAUUUUUCUGUUGCAAUAGAGUCCCCCCCCCCUUGCAAGGAGGUAAGACAGACGCAGAACAAAAUUGUACAAGCCCCUUUAAAGACUGUAUAUGUUGCCCCACCCCUUGGUCAAAGACCACCCUAAAAGCAUCAUACAUACAUCACAACUUCUAGGGCAAUCACUCGUAGCUGAGUGAGAUUGUCUUCCCCUUCGGAUCUUGAAAUAUGGGUCCCCCCAACAAAAUUUAAAAUUCGGCUUAGUAAUUCGGAAUUUAUGUGAUAUGAUUUAAUUUGAUGUGAUUGGCCAGUUAAUAAAAAUUAUUUUUUUAAAAAAAAGAGAUUGUCUUCCAUGAACAUGGUCUUAACAGUGAGUCCUUAAGUGACUGUAGAGGCCAAUUCUGGAUCCACACAUCCUUCCACAGUGGGGACAUAGGUUUCUGGGUGGGAGUUGUUCUUGGUGAGGGUUUGCCAAAUGUGUCUUCCUCUUGGCACGUUUCUCCCUUUUGUCCUGAGUUCGAGUGUCUUCAAAGUCCAUGACACCUUUGGUAAAGGCUGUUCUCCAAUUGGAGCCCUCGCAGGCCAUUGUUUCCCAAUUGUCAGUGUUCAUACUACAUUUUUUAAGAUUUGCCUUGAGAGAGUCUUUAAACCUCUUUUGCUGACCACCAGCUUUCCAUUUUUAAGUUCAGAACAGAGUAGUUGCUGUGGAAUACAAUAAUCAGGCAUCCAAACAACAUGAUCAGACCAUUUAAGUCAAUGUUGAAGAAUCAUUUCUUCGACACUGGUGAUCUUUGCUUCUUCCAGUACACUGGCAUUAGUUCACCUGUCUUCCCAAGUGAUGUGUAACAUUUUUCGGGGACACCGUUGAUGGAACCUUUCAAGGAGUUGAAGAUGGUAUUUAUAAGUGGUCCAUGUUUCACAGACAUACGGUAAGGUUGGUAGUACAAUAGCCUUGAAAACAAGCAUUUUGGCUUCCCCGCAAAUGUCCCAGUCCUCAAACACUCUGCACUUCAGUCGGGAGAAAGCUGCACUUGCAGAUCUCAGGCGAUGCUGGAUUUCAGCAUCAGUGUCGGCUCUUGUGGAAAUAUAACUGCCCAGGUAGGAGAAGUGAUUGACACUUUCCAACGUUACACCAUUGAGCUGGAUUUAUGGCAUUGCAGAAAGGUUGUUUUGUGCUUUUUGGUGCAACACUUUGGUUUUUUGAAUGUUGAGCGAUAGGCCAAGCUUUUCAUAAGCAGUAAUUCUUUUUUUUUUAAUGAUAUUUAUUGAAAAAAGAGUUUUUAAAAAAAUUACACAAAAGAAAAAACAAGACAGAAAAAGAAAAAUAAUAAAAAAUAAAACCAUCAUUCUCCAAUUCUCCACUUUCAAUACCUUCUUUCCUUGACCUCCUCCUCCUCCCUUUUCCUGUAUCCUGUUUUAUAAUAAUCACAGCAAAUCCUUUCCAUAAUUCAUAGUAUUCUGUCAUCACAUUACCUUGAUCUAUUUUCAUCUUAUCUUAUAGAAAACCUUAAAGUUUAAAACUUAAUUUUUACCAACUUCUCCUAAACCAUAACAUUCUUACCUAAUUCUUUAGACAUUUUUAUAAGAGCCAAAUAAUUUCAUUUCAACAUUUUCCUAACAUUCAUCAAUUUUAUAAAACAGUCCUAAUGAUAAAAAUAAAAGAAAAAAGCAAUCCAGUCUUCAUCCAACAUCCCUUCCUCCUGGUCCCGGGUUUGUCAGUCCUUUUUAUCCUAUUAAUCUAGCACAUUAACCUGGCAAUCUUAUAUCCGAGGCCCUCAAGUCUCUUCCAUGUCCCUUCCGUAACUCUUCUUUAUAUUUCCCUUUUAUUCGUGGGAACUCCAGCUUGAUAGUGUUUUUGACCCUUUUCAGCAAGACAAUCCCUUUUCCAUAGUCCAGGAUAGGCUCGAUGUAGUAUUUACAAGCAUGCUCCAGAUUCCCUUCAAAGUUGAGAGCCCCCACAGCUCCAAACAUCUGACGGCCCCUUUCCAGACUUGAAAAGUCCAAAUCUCCCUGUAAAGGGGGGUCUAUCCAACCCCCCAUUUCCAAACCAAACCAGAUUUUAUCUUUCCAAGUCUGGUUUUUUCCAAGUUCAUUUAUCAAAUCCAAAAGUUUAUAUUCCUGCUGGGCCGCAGCUCCCUCCAUCUCUGGCGCCCAAGAUUCAGCAAGGUCCUCUUCUUUCAGUUGUUCUGUCAUGGCACGCUCCUGUUUUGAUUCCUGGGUGGGCUCCAUAUAGUUUCCCACUACCUGUUCAAAGGUUCUGGCCGCAUUAGUCAUGAAAUCCGUCUUCUGACUUAACUGAUCCAAUAGGGCAUUUAUUUUACAGAAAGCACCCAACAGUGCUUCUGAAGACAUUGUCCUACAAGGUCACAAAUCCUUUCCCACAGUUGUAAUCAGUGACAGCUGCAAGUUCCCAGGAAUUAGUUACAAUUUCACAGUUCCCCUCUAGGGGGAAAAACUUCUGGUUGUUCUUUUUCUUGAAAACAAUAGCAACAAAGUUUCUUUUUUAAGAUAUUUUGUCCAUAUUUGUUCUUUUAAAAGACGAAAGGAAACAAUGGAGUCACAAUGUUUCUCUUCUUUUAACUAUCUGUCAAAGACAUUUGUUUCUGGUCAAUGAGCUUCAAACGUCAAUUCUGACACCCCGCUCCAGGGUCAGGACGGUGGAAAAUUACUUUGCUUUAGAUUCACUUCUGCAGGUUUAAACAGCUCAGAAAAGAUCCCACUUCUUCUCCUGCUACCGAAGGGGGGUUCAGCGAUUUUAAAUGAUGAAAUUCGAUCCUUUAAAAGUGAUUUUUAAGGCUCUAGUUUGUGUUGUCUUUGCUUUGUUCUGACUACAAGGAAAUGGAAGGGUGACUUCCUGUUUAAACCUUCCCGUUUCAGUACCAAAUUAGGGUUAAUUUUUAAGUCCAAAUUCCUUUUUAUUUCGCCAGUUCUUAUUUGAAGUCCAAAUAUUCAAUGUUCCAGUACUCACAGUUGGUUGUUUUAAAUGCCAAAUUGUCCCAGGAAAAAGGCAGCGCUCUCCGGCAACGACUAUGCGGCUUCGCUCCGCAGAAAAAGCAAUUGACUCACAGCACCGCGCCACUUCCCCCUCUUCACUUUGGAGCCCAUUUGUGGGUUCCUUUGUGGGUUGGGGGGGCGCUAAGGGUGCCCGCCGAGUCCCACGGUCACAGGCUUCAUCCGCCUGUGAUUUCCAGAAGGGUCCCCGCUACGCCGCAGCGGAAAAGACCCGUUUCAUGCGGAGCUAGUCCCUCCAGUUCAGAGGGAGUCCGCCAUUGCCGGUGGCGCCACCCCGGAAGUCCCAUAAGCAGUAAUUCCAAUGGCAUGAGUAUCAUGACGACCAGUGGAUUCUUAUCUGCUGCAUCCUUCAUCUGCCUUCACAGCCGUCGUAACAUACCGCUUGUUAUCUUCUACCUGUUCUGCCGUUGAGAACUUUUUGGACCAUUCUUUGCCUAACUUCCUCCCCUAUGACCUUACUGCCUUGGGUGACCCUGCAGGGAGUAUGAAACUCCCAAUGGCUUCACUCACAAGGGUAUUAAAAGGUAAAGGGCCCCUGACAGUUAAGUCCAGCCGCAAAUGUCUCUGGGGUUGUGGCGUUCAUCUCACUUUACUGGCUGAGGGAGCCGAUGUUUGUCCGCAGACAGUUUUUCCAGGUCAUGUGGCCAGCAUGAUUAAGCCGCUUUUGGCAAAACCAGAGCAGCACACGGAAACGCCGUUUACCUUCCCGCUGGAGCGGUACCUAUUUAUCUACUUGCACUUUGACAUGCUUUCAAACUGCUAGGCUGGCAGGAGCUGAGACCGAGUAACGGGAGCUCACCCCAUCGUGGGGAUUCAAACCGCCGACCUUCCAAUCAGCAAGCCCUAGGCUCAGUGGUUUAGACCACAGCGACACCCACGUCCCUCACAAGGGUCAUAGGAACGUGCAAACCCACUCACCACAACAAGGUGAUGAUCCAUUGAGUGAGAUAGAUCAAUGUUGUCUACAACAAAGAUUUGAGAGUGACUCUCUCCUGUCUGUCAAGGUACCUAAAAUGGUUUUGCUGACUGCAUUACCUGGGCAGCCUGGCCAUUCUUUUGAAAUGGUAAAUACUGUAGUUCUUGCAGGCAUACCUUACUCAUACACAAAAUAUGCCCUUAAAACAGGAUUUGUAAGUGAAAAGACCUACUGGGAAAGGUUUCUCCAAGAUAUUUCCUUCUGCAGAGGAAAUACUUGAGUUAUAAGAAGGGCCAAGAUUGCUUUUGGGAUUGUUGUGUGUGCUAAAAUAAUGUGUAAUUUUCUCAAGGAAUAUUUCCUAAAAUUUGAAGGGUGAAGGGUUGGUUUUCUGUGGAGAGUGUGUCUGCUAUGUGUAUGCACCUUAAAUUUUUUCUAACAGAUGUAUGUACAGGUGUAAACUUAAUAUCGCAGCUGUGUGGGAGCAGCAAAAAACAUUGCACUGAACAUUCACUAAAUUGCGUGAAUGAAAAUAGAAAUUUGCACUGUUUUAAGUAAUCUACAAGUCAUUAACCUGAGAGUAUGUUCCAAAUUCUCAGCAAUGUUUGGGGAGAGCAUGCUGAACAAUGUUAAUUCGUGCCCUGAAGGGGUGUUCUUUACCAAAGUUUAAUAAGCCUUGAUUUUGAAGCAUCAGUGGUGCAUUGAGACCAAGAACUUUCAAACUAUGAAAGGGAGGGGGGCGGCAGAGUGGGAAACAAUGAAGGAAGGAGAAAGUGCAUAUUUCAGAUUUGAUCUUCAGAAAGUAACAGGGUGCACAGCACUGUGAAAACCCAAAUGUUUAGCUCGCAAAUAACUGAAGCAAGAGGCAGUACAAUACAAAUGAGUUUCAGCACUGCCCUUGAGGAUGAAAAAGCACUCCUGGGUUGAAGAGGCAGUUUCUCAUCCAGUUUCAGAUUGGGAAGCUCUUAAUCAUUCCAUAGAAAGGAUUUCAGGGUUAUGUUUGCUGAUUUAAUGAACUAAGUUUUGGAAGAACUUGCGCUGAGUGAACAAGUUUCAUUUGUGACCUCAGCUUGAACUUGAAUCCUAAUAGGGAAAUAGAUUCUUUUGUAGUUUUUCUUCCUUUCAGACUGCAUUAUUUUUACUGGGUCCCCCCCCCCCCAUGUACCAGGUGUUGAACACACACUUAUUUGUUUACAAUUAACAUUAACACUGCCAGUCAUUACUGGCACAAAAAUCCCUCUAGAAAUACUGUUUCUAUGUAAUGUCCAGUGUCUCGCAUAUCUAUCUGCUCUCAGAUCUAAUAAAAUGAACCAAAUUAUGGAUUUAAUAAUAAUAAUAAUAAUAGAUUUGUUUUGCCGUCCAUCUCAUGGGUUGCCCCAGCUUCUCUUUGUGGCUUCCAGCAAAUUAAAACAUUUUCCACCCUUUGUGAGUUCUACGUUUAUGUAUGUUAAACAGAGUAUAAUAAAUGCAUACAAUAAAUAUACCAUGAACAGCUUUUGCAGUCUAUGAUAGGAAGCACAGACUGAAGUAGAAAUAGAACUCUUGAAUCUAAAGGCCAGGAAUGUGAUUGAACAGAGAAAGAAAAAUGUAUUUAAAAUACCCACAAAGAGAAGCUGAUAAACAAUGAUGGAGCAGUAAGCGCACCCAUGAAAACCCUAAGAGAUGACAGCAUAAUUAAAGGGUUUUUAAUCACCAUUAUUUCUUUCUUAUGUAGGCUUCUCGAAAGACAUGAUACAAUGGCUCCUUCACAGUUUUUGGCACUUUCCAAAUAUUCAUAUCAAGAGACUCAAGCUGUCUCUCAAGCGGCCGAAAGCAUGGAAGCUUCGAUGCAGGUUUUGAAAGGAAAACUUCACCAGAAGCAUCAACGUUCAUUGCUUCCAAGUGGUAAGGACAAGCAGAUGCUCACAAGGAUCCCUUGUGGCUGCUUAAGGGUUGUGCUUCUUAGAUUAAAGCAGUAUUGACUUCGUUCUAGUCUUAUUUUGCUGCAGGUAGGACUUAAAUUCAUAUCUGGGCUGUGCACACAAUUGAACACAAUUGAAAAGAGGCCGCUUUUUGUGCUUCAGGGAAGAAAUUCAGAUACUCCAAAUAACAAAGAACACUUGUAUCGAUGUCUGAGAUCCUGAUGCGAAGUUCAUCUCAGGAAUGCUUUAAAAUGUUUAUUUUUGUUUGGCUUGAGUAUACAGUUUACUAAUGUUUCUGGACAUUUUAAAAAAAACAAUAAGCACUUAAGAAAAAUAUUUGCAUUUUAUUGCAAAUAUGCAACUGGCAUUCAAAUUGUGUGUUUGUGUGUAGUGUGAUUCUUGCAUCAGUAUUUUGAAUGGUGUUGCACCAGUAAUUGCAGUAUUAUUAAUUUGCGUUGUUACCCAAAGCCUUUCAAGAGGCAACAUUUACAAACAUUAGUAUUCUACCAUUAAAAAGAGAAUAAAACAACUUCCAAAACAGACACAGGAAGUUUAGGCAACAAAACAAUGUAGUCUAUCAAAAACAUUGGGGGAAAGAUUAGAUUUUCUGUGGCAACGAAAAUAUGUCAAAGAAGGUGCCAGGCAGGCAUUGCUGGGGAGAGCAUUCCACAGAUAAUGAAUGGUAGUCAAAUGCUGUGCACAAAGAAAGAAGCCGUGUUUUUAAUUUCCAGACGUGUUACCUGCUGAUGUUCUCAUGAUGAUUACCAAUGUAUCUGGAUGUCUGCCUUACAUGCUGCCACCAAAAUGCCCAAACAAUUGUAUGACCAGGAAAUACAGACAUAUCACCGGAGCUUGCCAGAACAGGUAAAUCUUACAGCAAGAGGUAUAAUUAUGUUGACUCCCCAUCUUGUAAUACAAAACAGGCUGGCCUCCCUUGUUUUUCCUUGGUCUUCCAUACUCACUUAGUUUCACAUUGAAACUCUCUGGGUUUGCUUCAUUUGAGAAUCCUUAGAAUUUUUACAAGCUCGUUUGAAAAAAUGUAGUUGUAGCAGUUACUUGCAAUUAAGGAUAAAUGUUUGCUGUUUAGCCCAUUAUGGACGCAUCUGAUGCCUGUAGAUGUUUGUGGGAAUGUGCAGUAUCAUUUAAACCCUGAACCAUCUUUGAGGAGCCCCAGUAAGUGCUUUAAUGUUACAUGUAUAUUGAAUCUGGCAGUUCGGUAUUAAGAUAUACAGUGGUACUUUGGUUUAAGAACAGCUUAGGUUUUGAACAACUUGGAUUAAGAAUGCUGCAAACCCGGAAGUAGGUGUUUAGGUUUGUGAACUUUGCCUUGGAAACGGAACAUGUUCCACUUCCUGUUGAGUGUAAAUUGAGUCCCCCACUGCAAUGGGAAAGCAUGCCUUGGUUUAAGAACACUUUGGUUUAAGAACGGACUUCCAGAAUGGAUUAAGUUUGUAAACCAAGGUACCACUGUAGUUAGAUUAAGCAACCUUGCAAAUAAAGAAAUCUAUAAAGUUUAGAUUUGCAUUCAGGCUGUGAACCGGAGCUUUAUAUGAACACAGGUUGCCCUUGGCAGAUGAUGGACUGUGUCAAAAAAUUGUACCCUACCCUUCACUAUGGAUAUUUCUGUGCAUUCUUCCUUGAACUCAGCACUCUUGCUCAUGUUGCUGAAGAUUCGGGUUUCCCCAUUUGUUUCAGCUGAGGGAACAAAUCCACAAGCACUCAGAAUGUGCUUGCAGUUCUGUUUGCCUCCCCACCGCUUUUGAAAAGAAAGGUUCCUUACCCCAGUAACAUUCCAGUGAUCUGCUAAAAUAUUAAAGCAAUCAGGAAGAAAAUCACUGGUUAAGCUGUUAAAUUAACAUAUCAUUACUUUUAAUUGAGUGAAAUAGCACUAUGUGCAGCAUUUUAUGCCAUUUCAAUAAAGACAAAUCAGCUGUAACUAAUCUGAAUGCUUUAUUAAGGCGUACGUCAACCUUCAAAUGUGAAUUAUCGCAGUUAAUUAAAUGUAUUACUGUCCCACAUUGCUUUGCAAAUUGAGCCCCUUUGUAUACUGAAGAUCAAUGAAGUAUUACUAAAAUAAUUGUUCCCUGUUAAGUGUCCCUACAGAAACAUAAGUGUAUGACUAACUUCGCGUAGAUCAUCUGUGUCUUUCUGUACAGUUGCACCUUGCAGGGACUCCUAUAUAGAACAGUCUUUUUACUUUGGUGCUCCAGUAAAUAUCUGUUCUUCUUCCUAUCAUCAUCAUUCCUUGCUCAUUCUUUAGAGCAGCCUUCCCAAGCUCCCUAAGUUGUUGGACUGCCACUCCCAUCAGCCCCAGCUAGCAUGGGCAGUGGCAAGGGAUUGUGGCAGCUCUACUACAAAGCAUCUGGAGGGAAAGAGAUUGAGAAAGCUGUUUUGGGCACUUAGAGAAGCUUACUUGGGACUUUGUGCUUUCACCUAUGCCAUUUGCACAAAGAAAGAAUUAAUUGCCCCCAGGUUUGGGGAGCUCUGAAAAUAGCAAAGGGCUUGCCAUAGCCCACUAAACCCAUGCAGUUGAGUGUGCAUGAACAUGAAAUUGCCCUCCAUUCAACGUGAAAACCUCUCAUCUUUUUCAACCUCUUUCCUUCCUUAUUCCCAAUAAUCACAUGGCUUUGGGUGAUUUCCUUGAGAUCUUAGUUUUCUUUCUUGCUCUUGAGCCAUAUUCCAAGAGGUCAUAAUAACAUGAGUUGUGUUUACAGGCCAGGAUCCAAAGAGUUACUACUGUGGAAGGACUUGGGCAUGCCAAGCAAAAUGUUUGACAUCUCCCCUUCCCCUUUCUUUAUGUCAUGCUGCAAAUUCCUUUGAAAAUCCCCUCCAGAUUCAAGAGAGGUAUAUAGUGUGGUAUGGGGUGUUGCCUGUUUGAUACCCACAAGUUCAAAGCUCCAUUGAGAAAGUGGAAUUUGUUCCAUGGCACUUUGGAUCCUGGCCACAGCCUCCAGCUAUAAAAAGUUUUGCAGGGGAUAGCUGACUUUUAAAAACAAACCUUAAACUUGUUCCAUACUUAUCCCAAGCUUGAGGAGUUGCAUAUGAUCGCUUUUCAUAAAUCUGUCACUGAAUUGAACUCGUAGAUUUUGAAUAUUUGCCCACAUGCCUGCUGCAGUUAAUAUUGCUGGUUAUAUCAAAAUGUAUUCUAAAACAUUUUAAUUGCAUAGGGAGCAUCCUAGAUGGGGAGCCUCCAACACAGCUCUGGCUAGAUGGCUUCCUCCAGUUUAUGAAGAUGGACUAAGUCAGCCCAAAGGAUGGAAUUACGGUUUCCUACAUAAUGGAUUUCCAUUGCCGUCGGUUGGUACUCUGUGAAAUCAUUAAAACGUGUAUUUUUUUAUAAGAGAUUUCUAUACCCUGCAUCAACGAAGUUUCCAGGCAUAGAGCCACAGCACAAGAGAGAAUGUGAUGAAGGAAAAAAUAAAACCCACCCACUAAACAGUAACAAAUGAGACUUGCUUCUAAGCAGACUGGCACAGGAUCGCAGUGCUAAUGUAGCUACCAUGCAAUAAGGUCCUUUGUUUCUGCCUAAAGAUAAUUAAAGACAAGCUUCUCGCAGGAGUGGCUGCCUGGGGCUGUGGGUGCCAUGCAGCGUGUGUGACCCUGGCAGUGAAACUUGUGGGUGCCUGGCCCCUUCAUGGGGAAUUUGUGGGUGCUCGGGCACCCAGGGCCCCAGGGAGUUGGCACCUAUGGCUUCUCAUUUACCACUUAGAGCAGGACUGAGGAUCCUAUGGCUCUUCAGAUAUUACUGAACUAUAACUCCCAUCAUUCCACACCGUUGACUAGGCUGACUGAGGCUGAUUGGUUUCCAACAAUACAGAGAGCCACAGUUUCCCUAUCCCUGCCUCAAAACAACUUUGCCAAGAGAGAGGGUGUGUGUGUGUGUUAAGCUGUUUAAGUUGUACAUGUUUAACAAAUUAAUAAAACUGAAAUAUGUUUUUAAAAUAGAACAACUUUGUGACUUACGUUAUUUUGGCUAAAGUGGUCAGUUCUUAGUUGCUUUCACCCCCUUUGGCUAUUGAAUGAAAAGUAAGUAGUGUCUCAUGUGCCAACUCAGUUAACUCUUUUUCUCCAGGUGCGUGAAGUGACAAGAAACAUUAUUGAGGUAUCUAAUGAGGCUGUUACUGAAGAUGAGCGACAUUCUGAUAUGAUCACUGUGUGGGGGCAAUAUAUCAGUCAUGACCUUGCAUUUACGCCACAGAGUGUAAAUCGACCUUCCUUUCUGGGAGAAGCAGACUGCCAACGGACCUGUGAAAACAGGAGUCCAUGUUUUCCAAUACAGGUAUCCUUUCGGUUUGUUUUCUUUAAAAUAUAAUGGUUGAUAAAAGUAGUUAAAAUAUGAGAGAAUAAAUAAGGCCAUGUUUAUAUUUUGUUGCUAAACCAAGAGUUUUAUCAGGAUGGGCGGGGGGGUUACUAUGGUCUUCUGCAUCAAGUUUUUCAUUCCAGUAAGGAAAGUAGAAACAAAUAAUUCUCUGUUUUAAAGGUGUCAUUCAGUUUAAAUUUUCCUAUGAGGGCAAAGACAGCGAAACACAAAAUCUAGAAAGCUAUUAUUUCACUGGGGAUGAACUGAUUUUCAGAGUGUUAUCAAAAUUCACUAAUUUUGAGUUCCUUUUUCAAUUAGUUUUUAUUAGCCACAAUAAGUUAGCAUUACAGGUACGCUAUUCCAUAGGAACAUACCCAAUAAUGAAGUCACUAUUGUAUACACCGACUGGCAGUAGGCCUCCAAGAUUUUAGACAGUGGUUCUUGACCAUCCCUCCCUGCAGAUGCUGGGAAUUGAAUGUGGGACUUCCUGCAUGCAAAGCAGAUGCUUCUACCACUGAGCCACAGCUGUUCUUGAUACUUGUUGUGCUCUCAAAAAAACAUCCUUAUGUCCAUAUGUAUUGCUAUGAAGGGCUAUUAUUUAUUUUUUUUAGAGUGACUGUGGGCCAGUGACUUUCCAGUGUUUCGGGCACUGCCUGGAGAUGCCAGGGACUGAACAUGAGACAUUAUGCAUGGAAAGCAGAUACCGUACCUUUCCUUGUAUAAGACUAGGUUUUUAUACUCUAAAAUUGUGUUCAAAAUAGGGGCGUCUUAUACACGGAUAGUACAUAGGGGGGACAUGGGAUUGGUUGAUGCUGCAAGCCGGAGGUUGUCAGCAGCGUGUUACUGGUGGCUGCAUCAAGGGGUGGCUGUUGCUGCGGUAAUUGGGCAGGCAAUUGGCUGCUUCUACCAGCGAGGGGACAGACAUUAGCAGGCUGUCGCAACACGCACGAGUGUUAGCGUAGGUCUGGCAGGUAAGUGUUUUUCGGCAAUCCUUCCCCCAAAACAGUUCAACAACUCCAGGUAAUCUCCCCCCAUUUUUUAAAUUUUUGUCACCCAAAAUAGGGGGAGUCUUAUACACAGGGGGGUGUUAUGCGCAGAAGAAGAAGAAGAAGAAGAAGAGUUUGGAUUUGAUAUCCCGCCUUUCACUCCCUUUAAGGAGUCUCAAAGCAGCUAACAUUCUCCUUUCCCUUCCUCCCCCACAACAAACACUCUGUGAGGUGAGUGGGGCUGAGAGACUUCAAAGAAGUGUGACUGGCCCAUGGUCACCCAGCAGCUGCAUGUGGAGGAGCAGAGACGCGAACCCGGUUCCCCAGAUUAGGAGACUACCGCUCUUAACCACUACACCACACUGGCUCUACCCCUGAGCUAUAUGGCCCUUCUCUGAGGAUAUAUGUUAGAAUAUAUAUGAGGCUGUAAUUCUGCUGCAUGUUUUUAGUAUGAGCUUUCUAUCCUUGAAAAUGUGUGUUUGUCAAAAGCAGUAUGAUCCCUAGAAUUAAUGAAUGCAAUAAUUUGCUGUUCUGUGGAAGAUUUUUCCUCCUCCUCCUCCUGGCAAACAACACUGCUUGAAAAGCAGAAGGCACCUUUGGAAGAUACUUUCUACUGAUUAGCACCUUCCCCUGAAGAAUACAAAAGCUCUUAAGCAAAGAAUUCAGUGUUCAGUUACUCCUUCGCUGGCUUAACAGUCCCCUUACAGUGCCUUCACUAUAGCAAGCCUCCCCAUUGCCAGAUUAUUCAUUCCUGCUAGUCACUGUUUGUUUUGACAUGAAGUGUUUCCCGUUAAUUAAAAUUCAGUGGUGCCUCGCAAGAUGAAAUUAAUCCGUUCCGCGAGUCUCUUCGUCUUGCGGUUUUUUCGUCUUGCGAAGCACGGCUAUUAGCGGCUUAGCGGCUAUUAGCGGCUUAGCGGCUAUUAACGGCUUAGCGGCUUUAAGAAAAUGGAAACAAACUCGCAAGAACUCGCAAGACAUUUCGUCUUGCGAAGCAAGCCCAUUGGGAAAUUCGUCUUGCGGAACGACUCAAAAAACGCAAAACCCUUUCGUCUAGCGAGUUUUUCGUCUUGCGAGGCAUUCGUCUUGCGGGGCACCACUGUUCUUACUCCAUUUUAAAUUUCCCUUUCUGUACAAUGCAAGUCAAGAACAACACAGAAUAAUGCCUAAAUUUAAAGGCCAAAUUAUAAUUCCUUUGAACGAGGAGGUGCACCUACUGAGCCACAGAGACUCCCAUUUAUAUAGCUAUUUCAGAUGCAACAGAAACCUGAUACUGCUUAGGAUGGACAAGGACAAGAAACCUACCCUGGACAUACUACGGGCCCUUGCGAAGGAUGUGAACAUACCCAGCAUAUCUGGCAUAGCAGUUAGGGACCCAGCCUUUACAACCUACAAGCAAAGUUGCUUCUACAGUUCUGGAUUUCUAUUGGGAACAGGGGUAGGAAGGUGACAGUUGCUUCCCCAACUCUUAUGCCAUUGCACCUAACAGUUAGGAGCAUAGGCUAGUUUUCCCUCCCAAUCCAAAAUCACUCUGUGAAAUUGUAAAAGCUGUGCAGCGAGCCAACAGCAAUCUGUGUGGAAUUUGCUUCCACAAGAGGAGGUGAUGGCCACUAGACAAAUUCAAGGAGGCUUUGAAAGAGGAUUAGACAAAUUCAAGGAGGCUUUCAAUAGCAACCAUGUACCACCUGGGAAUCACAAGUCAGGUCCUGUUUGGGGGUUCCUCUCUCAUAAGCAUCUGGUUGGCCCCUGUGAGAACAGGAUUUUAAACUAAUAGGCCUUUGGCCUGAUCCAGCAGGUUUCUUCUUAUGUUCAUAUGAACUGGAAUUAACUGUUGAAGAAUCAAAGAACACGAUGUAGUGGUGGUCAAUAUGAGGUCCUCCUUCCUAUGGCAAGUGGUCAGGGAUGACUUGAGCUGUAGCCUUAUGGACUGAGCCAUUUAGUUUGUUUAGUUUACUUUUAGUUGAAACUGAAUUAUUCUUAAGAACAUUUUGCUCAGACCUAGGUUUCACUGUGCCAGCAGGGAUGGACCAGACAAAAAUGCAAACUCUCACACUUGGAGUUACUCUGACAUUUCUGAUCUAGAUCUUUGUUUCAUUCAUUUGAUUUAGCUAAAGGCGUGUGUGGAAUUAAGGUGAUAUUAUCUGGCAAGCUUCUUGCAAAUUGGUAAAUAAGUAAUUAUUUGCAAUGUGCUUCUCUGGCCAUAUUUUUGAAAUGCUACCGAGGGUAUUUUGCAGAAUAAGAAUUGUCAAGGAGAGUGUUAUCCUGGCUAGGUUUUGUUUUGCUGCUUCUUCAAAUAAGAGGGCUCCAUAGAGAGAUAUUUUUUAUUAUCCUGGACCUACGUCUUCCUGUGGAAUAUCAUCAUGCUCUUCCAUAGUACACAUUCUGGCAGAUGAAAGUACCACGUCAAGCGCUCCACUUGGGAAAUGAGCUACAGAACUGCAUCCUGUUAACGGUACAGUUUCAGAAUAUCUAAAGAUUGUUUUGUCUUGUACUUGUUUCCCCCAUCAGUGGACGCUGUGAAAUUAUAGAGCUGGAAAAUGGGCAUUCUUCCAAACCAAAGUGUUGCCCUUUUCACCCUUCAAAAAGUAGCAAACAAACAUGUAUUUAAAACAGAUGGGAAAAAAAUUUCCUAGGUUAUAGUUGGCUACAGUAAUACCCAAGACUCGCUCCUGGAAGCUCACCCUGAGGGCUCUUUGCAGUCAGGCAAAACUCACUGUUUGAGGUUCCUUCCACAGGGAUGUCAGUCAGCAAUUGAUGGUGCCUCUGCUGGUGUCAGGUGUGGCACCCUCGCCCUCCUGAUAUUUGUCUGUCUUCCUUUCAUCUUAGGUUUUAAAAUUGCCUGGAAACUUUGAUUGCCUGUGCAUUUUGAGAAUCUACUGUUGUUUCCCCUUUCCAAUUUUUAAACAGUUGUUUUGAUACUUUUUUGUAAGUAUAAUGAGAAUGUUUCUUGCUGGUAAAAAACUUUACUGUGCCAGAUGGCUUAGGGAGGAGUCUAUGCCAGAUUAUUAUUAUUAUUAUUAUUAUUAUUAUUAUUAUACUACAGUGGUACCUCAGAUUACAUACACUUCAGGUUACAGACUCCGCUAACCCAGAAAUAGUACCUCAGGUUAAGAACUUUGCUUCAGGAUGAGAACAGAAAUCGUGCUCCGGCAGCUAAAGUGGUGCUUCAGGUUAAGAACAAUUUCAGGUUAAGAACGGACCUCCGGAACGAAUUAAGUACUUAACCCGAGGUACCACUGUACAUUAAGGUGCCGUUGAUUUUUAAAAGAAAUAUCACGUCUAAUUGCACCAUAAACUAUAAAUUAUUUCCCCCAUGCAUAUAAGGCUCUCCUGCACAUAUAGGUUGUCCCAUUCCUUUCAAAGCCGGCAGCACAUAAAUGAAUAUUACUUUUAAGAAAUAGCUGCAUGGAUUCUUUUCAAAGCAGGUAGCACAUACAUGAAUAUCACUCAUUUAAGGAAUCGCUGCAUGGAUUAUUCUCCUACCUUCAGUAUGUUGCGAGAUUGAGUAUUACAAAAUUACUGUCCAUUUAAAUAGGCUCAUACGAAGUCUGAUGGGUGUGAGCUUCCGCUGUGUAAAAUGUAGCAACUGUACUGUGCAAGAAAAUUACAAAAACUGUUGCUGGUGGUCAUAUACCGUAGCUUAUAUGCCCCCUACUUUGCACAAGGAAGACUUGACACCAAGGCUAGCAUAGCUAACAAAAGAGGCUUCUCAUUGUGCUGCCACCUGUCCAAUAGGAGCAACCAGAAAGAUUUUUCUAAAACAUUUUGGGAGGUGUUUUUGUCUCCUUCAUAGGCAGUGUGCUAUCCUGUGGGUGGGGGGGUCAAAAUGCACGUGACCAUUCUCAGUUGUGUAUUGUGAUUGUCGUCGGCAUAAUAAUAUUGUCUGGAAAUUCUGGCUGCAUUUAAUACAAAACACAGUUUCUAAAACAAAGGCAGAGAAAGUUAGAUGAACCUAUUGCAAUGGAAAAAGUGUAUAGGAAUGUGUAUUUAUGAAACUUUAUGGAGCAAUUGUGCCACAGGAUGUUCACAAGAAUCCUUUGUAUCUUAGGUCAAGCUAAUUUUUGCUAGUGCCUUUCAACACUUGGUACACUAAUUAAAAGAUGGAAUUUUUAAUGCAGUCCCAUUUAAGAUGGAAAUAACUUCCUGAUGGUUACAAGGUGUUUCAAAGUGGAAGGCACUGUCCUAGAAGGUGGUGGACUCUUCUUUGUGGGAAGUUUUUAAGCAGAAGUUAAAUAGCCACCUAUCAGGGAUGAUGUUGUAGUGACUUUUCUGUGCUGUGCAAGGAGUUGGAUGACCUUUGACCUCCAUUCCAACUCUCCAGUUCUUGGGAGGGAAAUGAGCCCCACGCUGGCCCCUUUGGGUCUUGCAAAAAUCCUCAAGGGGGAAGGUGUUUGAUAUGAUAAUGAGAGUGAACAAGCAGGCAGAAGCAGUUUUCUCUCUCUCCUCUGAACCUGAAAGCUGAGCCAAUGCUACAUCAGGCACUCAUCUGAGCAAAGCAUGAUGGGACAUUGCUUGAGGAAGGAGCGGGUGGAUUUGAACUAUGUUUUCAGGACAGAGGAGAUGAGCUCUGAGGGUGAAGAGCCACAGAAUUAAGGACAGCAGACGGCAAACAUACAAAUGGUCAUCUGUCAUGUGUGAUCUAGUUGAGAUUCCUACAAUACAGGUGACUGGACUAGAUCAGGCAUCCCCAAACUCAGCCCUCCAGAUGUUUUGGGACUACAACUCCCAUCAUCCCUAGCUAACAGGACCAGUGGUCUAGGAUGAUGGGAGUUGUAGUCCCAAAACAUCUGGAGGGCCGAGUUUGGGGGUGCCUGAACUAGAUGACCCUGAACUAGAUGACUAGAUGGGUGCCUUCCAGCUCUCCAAUUCUAUGAUUCUAUUGUUCUAUGAACAUUCAUCCAUCAGAUGUGGUGACAAUUUGUUUGUUUGUUUAUAACAGAGAAUCCUCGGAACUGUUGUUUAACCCUCAUAGAGCUACAAUUCCCAGCACCCUUAACAAACUAUAGUUCCUGGGAUUACUUGGAGCAGACAUCCCCAAACUUGGCUCUCCAGAUGUUUUGGGACUACAAUUCCCAUCAUUCCUAACCACAGGUCCUGUUAGCUAGGGAUGAUGGGGGUUGUAGUCCCAAAACAUCUGGAGGGCUGAGUUUGGGGAUGCCUGAUUUGGAGAAAUUUAUGACUGUUAAAUUGGUACAAGACUGCUUUAAAUGUUUGGUCUGGAUGUGACCUAAGCCACUUUUCAAAACUCUCCCAAGGCAACUUACCUUAUUAACAAAUAUGCUAUUUAUUUAUUUAUUUAUUUAUUUAAAAGCAUUAAAACAUAUGAUUCAAAUCACAAGAAACCAGCCAGUUCUAUUAAAUGUGCCCAAUGCAAUUAAAUUGAUUAUCUGCCCCUUUGAACAAUUUGUGUUUUAGGGUUUGUUUUUCAACCUCGAUUUAUUUACGUUCCUUUCUUAAGGAUUGAGAAUAAGAAACAUCCCUCUGAGCAACGGAUUUUCUUUUUUCAAAAUAGAAGGACCCUCUUGAGUAUGAUAAUUACAAUUCAGAGAGAGAUUUUAAUAGCUGGUAGCUAUUUGAUGGCCUCUGCAAUAAUUAAUUAAAAAAAAGUCAGCGUCGUAAUUAUAUUUUAUUUUAAAUAGCUGGAAAUAUUUUCUUCUAAUGAUUCAGGAUGAAACAUCCUGUGAAUAUACUGCCUCUAAUUUUAAGCAGAGGAUCUGCUCUCUAACUCUUCAAUGUGAAAAGCUAAGGUCAGGUGGGUCCUUUUUAGCUAGAAUCCUGUUCUAGAAGCAUUUCUUUAUUGAUAGACUUCAUCAAAUAACCAAGGUGGGUUGUUAUCUUCCUGCCAAAGGAGGAGGCAGGAGGCACCUAGAAGGUCACUAGUUUAGGCAAGGUACUGCCCUAGCAUCCAUCGAUCAUGUGAGUGUCUGCAGAGGUCCUCUUGCAUACAGCCGUACUUGCCCAGGAUGGGGAACCUGUAGCCUUCCACAUAUUGUCAGACUCCAACUCCCAUCAGCCCCUGACAGGGAUGAGUUAAAAGUCCAACAACAUCUGGAGGGCCACAGAUUGCCCACCUCCAGUCUACACAAUUGGUAACUUUGUGUUCACGAUGAUAAUUGUGUGGACAGAGCUCCGCAUGUGUAUAGGGGCUCUGUUCAAGUAUUCAGAUCAAGGUAUGCAGGUUGAAAAUAUAGCCUGAUACUCCUUUCCAUUUGCGUCGAAGUCUUUAAAUUCAUUUAAUCUUAUCCGGCAGAGCUUUGCUUCUGAGUUAGCGCUUGGAAAUGAGGUGAACUACAAAGAAGGAGCCUAGUUCAUUUUGGUCCUGUAAUUUCUCAGAGCACAUUUUUUUGGAGCAUUGAUUAUGACUCCUAGGUACAGUGGUACCUUGGGUUAAGUACUUAAUUCGUUCCAGAGGUCCGUACUUAACCUGAAACUGUUCUUAACCUGAAGCACCACUUUAGCUAAUGGGGCCUCCUACUGCUGCUGCCGUGCCACCGGAGCACGAUUUCUGUUCUCAUCCUGAAGCAAAGUUCUUAACCUGAAGCACUAUUUCUGGGUUAGCGGAGUCUGUAACCUGAAGCGUAUGUAACCUGAAGCGUAUGUAACCCGAGGUACCACUGUAUUAUAAAAGAGCACAUACGAUUGUUGCAAGCAUUGGUGUUGCUCUUGCAGAUCACAUAGGAUUUGGGGUCUAUGUAGGAUGAUGUUUCACAGUGGUUCUGUGAUUGGAACGCCACAUCUAUUUUUCUUUCCUAGAAAAAAAGAAGUAUCCAGGGGAGGGGCUUAUUUGGGUCAGGAUCAUUGAGGGUGGGGAGCAGAAGGCAUCUGUGUUUCGGCUCCAAUGCACCAUCUCUAACCCAAUUUGCCCAAUGAACUGCAAUGAGCCACAGAAGGUAAAACUUUCAGGUACAAAAUUAUGCCUCUAUAUUUCCCCCUUGUAAUAGACAAGCUGAGCUUUCCUUCUGGCAUGGUACUGUGCAAAGGAAAUAACUUCAUGUAAAUACAGUACAGUAAGAUGUUCUAGGUUGCAAGAACAAGAAGACAUGAGGCAUGUUUGAUAUCACUUAAAAAGCAACAUAGUAAGGACAUAAACAAAUAAAUUAAAAUAAAUGAAUGGGUAAUAACAUACAAUAACAUAGGGAUGCGGGUGGCACUGUGGGUUAAACCACAGAGCCUAGGACUUGCUGAUCAGAAGGUCGGCGGUUCGAAUCCCCACGACGGGGUGAGCUCCCGUUGCUCGGUCCCUGCUCCUGCCAACCUAGCAGUUCGAAAGCACGUCAAAGUGCAAAUAGAUAAAUAGGUACCGCUCCAGUGGGAAGGUAAACAGUGUUUCUGUGCGCUGCUCUGGUUCGCCAGAAGUGGCUUAGUCAUGCUAGCCACAUGACCUGGAAGCUGUACGCCGGCUCCCUCGGCCAAUAAAGCGAGAUGAGCGCCGCAACCCCAGAGUCGGUCAUGACUGGACCUAAUGGUCAGGGGUCCCUUUACCUUAAUAACAUACAAAAUGCAUUGCAUGAGGGGAAAUUGCUUUGCAGAAAUGUGCAUUUGAGGCAAAAUUACAUACAGAAGUAUGUACAUUAGGAUAAAUCUGCACUAAAAUGCUGGUGAGCUUUCAGGAGGACUUUUUAAAAUGUAGAGAACUUAAGAAUGGGAAAAUGAGAAAUGGGGAGAAACAAAAACUGACAGAUUCCUACCCCUCCCCCUGCCACCGCUUGGUGUGUUGCAAGAACCUUUUCACCUUAGUUCACUAAGUAAUUAAAUGCCUAGUGAAUUUACCGGUAUUCAGAUUCUACUUCACAAACAGCGUUUCAAAAGAAUAUAGGAUCCAAUAUAGUCACACCAAGCAAUAGUAGGAACAGUGUUGCCAUAGAUUCAUUUGGUGCUCUGGCUCUGAGGAAUUUACAGUUUAAAUUGGGAAAGGCAAGAGAGGAAAGGAAGAGAAGAAUGAAAGAGGGGUGGAUAUGAGCAAUGGGAGUUAACCUGGGCUUAGGCUCAUUUUCAGCGGGGGGAAUGGAGGUCCAUUGGAUCCUAAAAAUUCCUUCUCUUCAAUUGAAAGGGAAAAUAAGAUGCAUCUAAACGACCAAAUUAAUAAAGGAGGCAAACACUGCAUCAGGGGAACAUCAAGCAAAGAAAACACUUGAUUACACAACAGAGGCAAUAAAGGCCACGAUUAACCAGAGAAAUAUUCAUUGUCAAAAUAAAGGAUCACUCCUUGGAACUGUUUCCACUAAACUAAUGAGCAAAGAAGUGGGAGCAUUUAUUAAUCAAACAAGUUUUAAUCAGCUUAGAAGAUAAGCAAGUAUUUAACAUAAUAGCCUCCUUGAUAGCAUUCCCCACAGUAAUGAGUUUUCAGUGCUAUUUUAGAAAAGAAAAAGAAAAAAACCAACACGGCCUAUUGAAUAAUGUGGGGGGGAAAUGUCAUUAAGCCACAGAUUUUAAAGCUCCAUUACAAGUAUCCUUCAGCCCUCAUCAUCUCAUUUAAAUCUCAGAUUUCUUCUCUGUGUGCCUGGCAUUUCCCCCAUUCAGUCUGGUUUUUCUCCACCUGCAUUAACACAAAUUUAAAAAUCCCCUUUUUGUUUGUUAAUAGCACCUUGAACAUGGAACAGAUUUGAUGCAUUUGUAAUGUAAUAUAUGAUACCUGCAAGAUUAAUAUAGGGGUUUAUAGAGCUUAUCUUGACUUCUAGAGUAUAUGCUUAAAAAAAAAAAGAACUACUCUCAACAGCAAACAGAAGAAAAGGUGGAUUAGGUCAGCAAUCUCUACAAAGCUGGUGCUUUUUUUCUUUAUCAAAGCACUGCAGAGGUUUCCCUUGAGGGGUUAUUUUAGCAAACUGUAUUGAAAAGUACCAGCCCUUCCUUAACAAUCGUACAUAAUGGCAGAGAAAAUUUGUCCUCUUUCCAAAGUUUGGUUAUCUUUUGAAAUUCACAACUGAGAGAGUUCCCCAUGAGGGAACGGCCCAUUUUUCUUAUCCUGCCUUGUCAUGGUUCAUUACAUUAGGUGAUGUGUUGCUAAACUUCAGACAAAAUGGGUAGGGGCAACAGGGCCAAGGACAAGAUGGAGUUCCAUCAUCUCCCAUUCUGUGCACAGAAGCCUACUUCAAUACAGAACAACAACCUUCCCUGCAGCUGAGGGCACCAGGUUAGCUUAGGGGUUGUAGGCCGGCCAUGUGUACACACAGGUCUACCCUCCCAAGACCUUGCUUUCAUUCUCUCCUUUCCAGCAUCUGCUAAGCCAGCUGACCCUCAUUUUGUCUACUAAUAGGCCCUGGCCUGGCGGAGAAACACAUUUCUAAGUCGUAUUUUCUUGUAGGUAUGUCAGGUAAAAAAAAUGUGUAUGUGGGUUUUGUGCAUCCUUCAUUUUCAAAUACUGCACGUACACAUGCACACAUAUACCUUUAUUCUGGUGGGCUACUGAAAACCUCCCAUCAUUCUUACAAAUAUCUGAGAAAUUGGCCAAUUGCCUGCCCUGGACAGGACUGCACUUCCUUUGAAGGAGCACGAAUGCAAUCUGGCUUCUGGUUCCAGCUUCGCUCCUGGAGGACCUAGGUAGCCUUGGUGGUAGCUGAGACGGGUGUCAGCAUAGUGCACCUCUGCUCAGAGAUCGACACUGGCUGUCAAUUUGUUAUUGGGCCAAAUUCAAAGUGUUACUAUAAAGCCCUUAGCAGCUUAGGAACAGUUUACUUAAAGGGCCGCCUUACCCCAAUUAUGCCUGUUUAACCACUUUGUCAUUCACAUAAGUAAUACAUGUAUUUACAAGACCAACACGCUAUGUAUUCUCAUAUUUUAACUCUUCCCCCUCACCCCACCAAAAAACAGGUUUUAAAAUCAGAGCCCAUAUGUUGUGAAACUGCAAAUGAUAUCUGUGUCCAUUAAAACUUGGGGGCCCUUUGAGUGAUUAUGUAUUGAUGGGGUAUUAAUUGAUGCCUAAACUGAAACUGCAGAUUUUCCAUUGAAUAGAUUUCAAAUAAAGACCUGGAACUGUAAAAUGGAACACAAUCAGACCAGCAAAACAGCAAAAAAAAAUCAAUAUAUUCCUUUAAUUUGCCUGUGGAGCCCAACUGUUUAACAGUAACAACAAAAGGAUUUGUCCUUUCUAAACAAGAGCAUUAAACUGCUUUAUGCCAAGUGCAAGGGGAAGGGUGUGAUUUGUGCACAUGCCCCUGUUCCCUUGACAACUGAUGUUAUGUACUGAGUUGAAUAGGAUCGAAAAGGCAGCAGUCUGAUUGGUCCUAGAACAAUAGGAUCCAAAAUGCAGCUGUCUGAUUGGUCCUAGAACAAUAGGAUUCAGAAUGCAGCAGUCUGAUUGGUCCGUAGGAGCCACCCAAUCCAGCUCCAGGUGGAAGUGAAUCCACAACCUGAUUGGCCUACAGGAGAAUCCGGGAAUUAGCCAAUCACGUGCAGCCCAUUGUGUAAAUAAUGUAUAUAAAGCAGAUAUUUUGGGGGAACAUUCAUUCCUCCUCACCACUAUGAGCUGAAUGAAGAGCAUGAAAUCCACUCUCGACUCCGAGUAUAUUUCAACUGAUGUGUCAUGAAAAUGAAAGAGGCCUUCCACUCAGAGAUCUAAUCCACUGUGUGCACAAUACACCAUAAGAAGCAGCCCUAAGAGUUCAGCCACAUGUGCAUCAGCAAGAGUUGUGUCAUAGUUGUGAAGUAUGUUCCCUAACGAAAGGUAUUUACUUAAUCCGCAGGUUUUUGCCAACGAUACAUUCUCUACGAGCCUGAACUGCCUGCCAUUUUACCGCUCAUCCCCUGCAUGUGCCACUGGCCACCAAGGAUUUCUCAUAGGAAACCUCUCUGUCUUAAAUCCAAGGCAACAGAUUAAUAGCCUCACCUCCUUCCUUGACGCAUCGACUGUUUAUGGCAGCACGCCCGCAACAGAGAACAAACUGAGGAACCUGACAAGCGAAGAGGGCCUCCUGAGAAUAAACACACAGUAUUUUGACAAUGGCCGCGAAUACCUUCCUUUUGUGGCCCAGGUGCCUUCCCUUUGCGCUCAAGACCCCAAGGCGGACAAGAAAGAAAGGAUAGAAUGCUUCAUGGCGGGAGACAGUCGAGCUAGUGAAGUCCCUUCACUGGCAGCUAUGCAUACACUUUGGUUGCGAGAGCACAACCGCCUGGCAAAAGCGCUGAAGGAAGUCAACCCUCACUGGAGUCCUGAAACUGUCUAUCAAGAGGCCCGCAAAAUCGUUGGCGCGCUGCAUCAGGUAAGCUGACAUUUACCUCCAUGUCAUUGCACGUUAUACUUUUUGAUUCUGACGCUGUACAAAUAACAAAGUGUGUUUGGGUAAAUAAACAUGGGAGGGGGUGAGGAUUGUGCCCACUAUUCCUGCCCUUGUUCAGUUGGAGAUGCAAGUUGGGCCAUGCAUAUCAACUGCUCUUUUCAGGGCUCCAGAGCACUAAGCCUAUGCACAAAAGAAGUGUUGACAUGGGUUUGGACCAGUAGGCAUCGAUCCCAUCACUGCGCCCUCUCUAUCUGCUAGCUGCCUGUUGUCCCAAGUCAUUCUGCACACACACCCAGCACCCUAUUAGCCAACUCCUAGGGGCCAAGGUAGGGACAUGGGUGGCGCCGUGGGUUAAACCACAGAGCCUAGGACUUGCCAAUCAGAAGGUCGGCGGUUCAAAUCCCCGUGACGGGGUGAGCUCCCGUUGCUUGGUCCCUGCUCCUGCCAACCUAGCAGUUCAGAAGCACGUCAAAGUGCAAGUAGAUAAAUAGGUACCGCUCUGGCGGGAAGGUAAAUGGCGUUUCCGUGUACUGCUCUGGUUUGCCAGAAGCGGCUUAGUCAUGCUGGCCACAUGACCCGGAGUUCUGCACCGGCUCCCUCAGCCAAUAAAGCGAGAUGAGCGCCGCAACCCCAGAGUCAGCCACAACUGGACCUAAUGGUCAGGGGUCCCUUUACCUUAACCUAGGGGCCAAGGUCCCUUCGGGCCCCACAAUAAAAUAUUUGAGGGGGUCAAACCCCCCAAAGUUAAUGAGCAUUGUCACUCAAAUAGUUUCUGUGUGUGCCGCAUCUUGUGAUUGAUACAAGGCCCCUCCAAUAUUUUAUACAAGUUGGCACCUCUGCCCUCCACACGGACAACUUGUAUGCAUAAUGACUCUUCCAACUGCAGCUUGUGACCCUUUCCCCUUUUAUGUAAGAAGACACGUGAUGAUUCAGGUCAAACCCACACAUAGCAUCCCAAUAACAGCAUGCAACAUUUAGAUGGACUGGUCAGGUGCAUAUACCUGCCAUUCUGAGAAACUGCUCAUACUCACCAAAGGUGAGUUCAUCACACAGUAGUCCUGUUCAAGUGUUCAGAAGAGCAGGGUGUGCCCACAAAACCUGCCUCCUCCGUCAUUUCACUGUCACCACCACUCAUGGAGUCCUCCACACUAUGCAGGCUAAACUAGACGAUCAGGGCUGUAAAUGGUACAGGUAUAUCCUCCACAAGCAGAAAAGGAUCUGCAGUGCAGAAGUUCUGCACCCCAACAAAUGGAGGACAGUGGGAGAAGAUAUAGUGUUGCAACAGGAGGAGGAAUGUUCCUUCCAUCUUACAAUGAUAUACAGGAAGAGAAGGGUAGAAUCUAGACACAUAUGAAAAAUGUUGUGCAAUUGUUUUUUAAAAAAAAGUUUUGAAAAAUAUAUUGAAUUUGCCAUAGCUCACCAUCGCCAUCUAGUGUCAAAUUUGUAUAAUGCACUUUACUUUACAACACACUUAAAAUGUUUUAUUUGCUGCUGUAUAGCUAAGUCCAAGAUCAGAAUACGUGGUUAGGCCUUCUGGCAGCCCGAUUCAUGUUCCCAAAAGCAGAUUUUGACUUUGGGCAACUGGACUAUAGUUGCCUUUGUGAAGAGAAAUAUGCCACCUAAUGGCAAUAAAAUAUAUAGCAAAAGUUAUUCCUGCAUCCCUCAUUUGGAGCUGGGCAUCAGACCGUCAAAGUUAUGCUCUUUAUGAAGCUGUUCACAUUUCUAUGUGAGAAUUCUAAUUAGGAUACAAAAAGAUUGCACACUUCAUUUAAUCUUAAAUAAAAAUCUCUUAACGACCCUGAACAUUAGUCUUCCUUAUAGCUUCCUCGCACGCACUGUGCAAGUCCCUCUGUCUUAAAUGUGCUGUUUGCUUUAAAAUAAUUGCCUUGAAAGGCUCAGAAUGGCUUUUUGGCACUAGUUAGCAGUGAACAAAUCUGGAAAGAAAAAGAAAAAACCCAAUGCACACUAGGCUUCUGGGCACUCAAAUGUUAGUGUCUUGGAAUCAGACACGUUCUGCCCUCAGACAAAAUAAUUUCCAAAAGGCAUUUUCUGUGUAUGACUCUGGGCUACUCAUCAUCUGUCUGAGUAUCAGAGAUUAAUGAGAUCACCCUGUGGCACAUUAGAAAUGAUUUGGAGUGGAUUUAGUCAGUUCAGGGACACACAUGCCAACUCUAUAUGCAACUCGGCUACUUAGAGCAUCAGCAGCCUCCACAGUUGAGGUUGCCCAUGCGUUUACACUCCAAGAGUUCUUUCUGAGCAGCUAUAACCUUGGGGGGAAAAUAUUGCAGGAGGCUGAGAAAGAGAGAGCAGAUACAGCAAAAGGGCGAGGAAAAGGAAAGCCCUUGUUUUGUUUGGUACACUAAUACGCCUGCUUCUUGGGAGAAUAGCAAUAACAAACCUAGACAGCAUCUUUAAAAGCAGAGACAUCACCUUGCCGACAAAGGUCCGUAUAGUUAAAGCUAUGGUUUUCCCAGUAGUGAUGUAUGGAAGUGAGAGCUAAACCAUAAAGAAGGCUGAUCGCCGAAGAAUUGAUGCUUUUGAAUUAUGGUGCUGGAGGAGACUCUUAAGAGUCCCAUGGACUGCAGGAAGAUCAAACGUAUCCAUUCUUAAGGAAAUCAGCCGAGAGUGCUCACUGGAAGGACAGAUCCUGAAGCUGAGGCUCCAAUACUUCGGCCACCGAAUGAGAAGAGAAGACUCCCUGGCGAAGACCCUGAUGUUGGGAAAGAUUGAGAGCGCAAGGAGAAGGGGAUGACAGAGGACGAGAUGGUUGGACAGUGUUCUUGAAGCUACCAGCAUGAGUUUGACCAAACUGCAGGAGGCAGUGGAAGACAGGAGUGUCUGGCAUGCUCUGGUCCAUGGGGUCAUGAAGAGUCGGACACGACUAAACGACUAAAUAUGCAAAACUGGAAAGUCAAAGCUUUAACAGUGAACUUUUGUAGACUUUUUAAAGAAAGAUUUAGAUGCUCUGAGAACAAAGGCAAUUGAAAAUAAAUUUUUCCUCUGGGAAAAUAUCAUUACCAAGGAUUUAUUCAGCACUAUUGGUUUUUUCCAUCCAUACACCCACACAUUAAAAAAAAAAAAUACCUUGUGAAGGUAAUAUCACUAUUUUCUAUAUGGGGACAUAAAAAUGGAAAGAUAACAAGUGCCCAGAUCUCUGUGUCACACCCAGUUAGACACUCCCCAUGCUAUUAAGACAGGCAACCUAGUACUAAAUCAGAAAAGUGAAUCACAGAGCUGGAAGGGACCUCAAAGGUCAUCGAGUCCAGCCCACUACCAGUGCAGGGCAUUCACUGCUAAAGCACCUCUAAAGAAUCACAGGAUUUGAAUCCAGGUCUCCCCACUCAGUGUCCCAGACUUUAGGCAGUAACCUUAUUGUUUGCUUGCAUUUCUUUUGUGUUCCUUUUUAUUCUCAUUUGCACAAGGCCUCCAGUUCCUGAAGGAAGCUGCCUUGCCUCUAAAAGCUUCCUUGCCUCUGCUCACUAACCACGCUGGCAUCCUCUUGGGCUUGGUGUUUCCUUGGAGGACUGUAUCUGCAUUGAGCUCUUGAGGACUUCACUGAUGCCGAUGUUCCAGCACUCCGUUUUCUCUGCAUGGAGCUCAAACUUAGUUUACACAUUUCCAUCAGGAAAGACAUCUACUGCAGAUGCAAUCUUAGCUUCAUUCUCGUAUCUCAUUUAAUUCUUUUUAAAAAAAAAAAAAAAACACCUCCAAACCAGUCCUCUGUUUGCUCUUCCUGCUCAGACAUAUUUAACUUCCAAGGCACUUCCACAGAUGAUACCCCUGAAGAGGAGGGCUGAUUGCUUGCAGACUUUCAAUUUCUAUUCCUUUUGCCUUCUUUUCAGUGGAUCUGCUCAAUUCAGGUCACAAAGCUAUAUUGUGAAGGUGAAAGUUGUGUGUUUUAUUUUAUUUUUCUUAGCUGGACUGAAUGUCUCCACUGCACAAUACAGACCAUUUCUCGCAACAAAGGCUGGCCGAAUACGGAUGUGUCCUUUUCUUUCCCUUUGGUAGUAAGGCACAGUCUUAAAUUGUGCCCAGUGCGGGAAGCUCUGCACUGUAGGGACUCUGGGGGAUCUCAUGUUGAAACGCAGACAUCUAAUUUAAAGGGACAGCCAGAUCAUGCUAGUGAUGCAUCCAGUUGUUCAAUUUCCUGCCACGCCAGGAGCAACUGGUGCCAUAUAUGAUAGUGAUUACCCCAUCAGUAUUUGAAGCCUUAUUUCAAGCUGCAGAAAGUUAUUAUAUGUGGAAUAUGGAAGGUGCCCAGAAUUGAAGGCAGGUCAUUCUGCUCUAAUUAGUUUGAAUCCUGCUUUUAAAAUAACAGCAGAUUACCAGGGUUUCUGAUGGGACAACAGCCUGGGGAUCGAACCAAUUGCUACUCCAGUUAGAUACAAUUCAUAAGUGUUAAAUAUUACCAGUUAGUUAAAUAUCUUUGAUGAGCUCCUGGAAGGAGAACGUGCUCAUGUACUAUUUGCAAGUAAGACUGCAAUCUAAACCCGCUGCUGCCAAGGGCACUCGUGGCAGUGGUGUAAGGGGCGGGGGCAGGCAGAUGGGUCCUGAUCCCUGUACCAGCCUCAGAUUAUGCUGCAGCCGGGCUCGGAUCAGGCCCGAUGCCAGCCAGCACCGACUGUGAGAGCUGCUCAGGAUCUAGUGGAUCCCAGGCUGGCUCAGCCCUGCCCCACCUUGGAAUGCCUCAUUACAGGACUGUCUGCUUGGUUUUAUCAAUGUGGAUACCAGUGUAAGCCUUCCUUCCACUUGUACAUGCUGCGGGCAGAAGAGUGAUGCAGGCAUCAAUCCAUUAGUGGUGGGCAGGGGUAUACUGGCUGAGCUGCUGAAAGCAAGUGGAGGGGCUCCUUGACUCAACCCAAACCACCUACAGCCCAGCAAAUGGGCGGGGGUGGGGGGGAUUGUAGCCUGCACCAGCAACUUAAAAUAAUGGCACACAUUUUUCCCCCUGUUAAGUUUUUGACAAGAUCAUUAUUACCCAGACAGUGGGAAACUGUAUUGGCUUCAAUACCUAAGGUGUCAUUCGAUUUAAGACCAAUACAACAGUAAAUAAUAUUUAGAGUUUAUUGGACCCCUUUACGGUUGUAUAAAAAAUGAGUUCGCUAAGAUAGCUCAGUGUUGGGGAUGUGUCAAGGACAAUGCCUCUCUGAAACACAUCUUUGUACCUUGUUCUUUACUUAACACAGUCCAGCACUUUCUCCCCAAACUUGUUAACUAUGACGGUGCAGAAAAAGUUAAAUCUUUAGGCGGAGAGUAUUUUACUGAACUAUAUACCUGCAGCAUGGAAAUUAUCAACGAGACAAUGGAAAUGGGUUUUUCCGUGCCCUAAUGGUGGCCAAGAGGAAUUGGAAAAAUAAAGAUAUGAUACCCUUCAAUCAAUGGACUGACAUCAUUGGCAAUUUAUGAACAGGCUGCUUACAGGUGCAGGCUCUGUAUGGAUAAAUACGAUAACAUUUGGAAUGAAUUUAUACCAACUGUAGUAGGCUAUUAGCAUUUCCAUAAGCACUAGAACAACAUGAGAUCAUGAGGGGUGAUCCUGCCAUGGAUCAGGGUGAAGUGAGCUGCUUCAGGUGGCAUCUGAUAGAUAAGAAAUGAAGGUACACAACUGAGGGUGCACAUUGGCUGUCAAAAACCAUAGGACUGCUGGGGAAAUUUCAAUGCAUUCGAAAUAUUGCUGGGAAACAGAAUGCAUCAUAGCAACAGGACCAGCAACAAUGUGUUGGAUUGCCCUCCACAAAUGAGUCUCUGUGACAUCUAUGCUCCUACCUUCCAGCAGGACUAAUGAUCUGGCAGGCAUUGUGUAGGAAAGCCGAACCUUAAAAUCCAAGGGGCAGCCUCUUAAUAAUCUAUCAUAUUUCAGGCUUUGCUGUCUGAGCACUGUUAAUUUGCAAAGAGCAUAACUGAAAGCUAAAGUAAUGAGGCAAGGAAGCCAAGCUUAACUGCUCUGGAGCAAACACCGAGGGCUUGGAAAGAGCCACAUCUUUUUGUAGUUUGUCUGAACUUGCCUUUUCGGUGUUAAAAAAUAAAAUAACCCCCCUCCCCCCCCAAAAAGAGUGAAACACAUUAUCUGAUGAAACUACGUUAUCCCUGCCUGAAUUUUUCAAUAUGCACUGUAUCAAAGCACUGGGUGCAUUUGUCCAUUCAGUUUAUUGCAUAUUAUAUCAAACCUAUCAUGUAUUUUAUUAGUUCUCUAUACUUCAUAUUCAUCCCAUUAUGCUUUAUUAAGUCCAAUGUAAUCUUAAAUCUGCAAUGCAGUUUUCAUAUUUUCCAUCGCAAUGUAUCAUUUCCUCUCUUUUGAUCAGUGUUUCUUAUAAGCUUUUUUCUAUAUGCUUCAAUAAGCCUAUUACAUUAUCAAAAGAAUUUGCCAGGGGAACACUUAUCAGCAUUUCUAUAACAAACUGUAUGGUUUUGGGGUUGUUGUUUUUUUGAAGAUAACUAUGAAUUGUCUGCUGAUAGACCCAUUUAGACAUAUCAAAUGGAUUCUGUGACCAAAUAGUCGUUAAGACAUGGACAGUGUUACAUACAGGAAAGAAGAUUCCUAUGAACAAAUAGGUCUUUCCCCAUAGAUCUGUUUAAAGCAUGAGUAUUCCUUGGCCCUGGACAGCAAUUAAGCUACAGAGCGGGAAAUGGGGUGCGUUGGGGGAGAGAAACAUCCAGUCACAUUUUUGGGGCCUGUUUUCCUAAGCCUAACUGCUGCACAGAGGGCGAUUUUCCGGGAAGCCGCAGUUUUUUGGGGAGUGACCCCUUCCCUUCCUGCAUCCUGUCAUUAUGAAAAUCACCCUUCAGUGGCAAUUAGAGUUGGGGGGGGAGCUCAUGUGACCCCCCCCCAAACACACAAUUGGGCCUAAUUUGUGUGCCAGUGAGGGCGAUUUUCAAGGCAGUGGCAGCUAGAAAGAGUGAAGUCCCCACAUCACAUGCACUGCUACCCCUCCAUCCCAAAAUGGACCUCCAGAACGAAUUAAUUUCUUAACCCAAGGUACCACUGUACUGUACAGAGUUUUCAUAUUUUCAUAAUACAUUGGUACCUCGGGUUAAGUACUUAAUUCGUUCUGGAGGUCUGUUCUUAACCUGAAGCUGUUCUUAACCUGAGACACCACUUUAGCUAAUGGGGCCUCCCGCUGCUGCCGCGCCACCGGAGCACGAUUUAUGUUCUCAUCCUGAAGCAAAGUUCUUAACCCGAGGUACUAUUUCUGGGUUAGCGGAGUCUGUAACCUGAAGCGCCUGUAACCUGAAGUGCAUGUAAUCCGAGGUACCACUGUAUCUCUUUAUAUUCAACUAUAUACAGAAUGAGCAUGCAGGGAGCAACAGGACUGGCACAAGAAUUAGGGCACCCUACACUAACCGACCCCCCACUGCUGUUUCCCCCUGCCAUUGCUAACUCCUCCUCCUUUAUCUCCUGGUUGCUGCCACCCCUUUGCUCUUCCCCCUUUCCCCUGUAUUUAGUCCCCCCCCCCCCCAAUGUUUUGCUGCUGCAUUAAAAGCACUGGCGGAUUCUCAGCCUGCCCCUCCCCUUUUGUCAUGGCCGGGAGAGUGCUUGUGCUGCUGCUGCAGCAAAUCACAGCAGCUGCUGUUCUAGUCACCUCACCCAGAAUGCCUCGUUCUGAGGAAGGACCCCCCUUGCCCCUUCCUCAGACCAAAGCUGAAGCUGCAUGUAGGUGGCCUGUGUUAGCAGCAAUAAUGACAGUCAGGCGGUAGUGAGACAAACAAGUAUGGCAUCUGAGGAUGUGGGUCCCAAUUCACUGUCAUGCUAAUACCUGCUACCUGAGACAAUUUUCUCAGUUUGCGCUACUCUAGCACUGAUCCUGGAGAGCAAGAAGGCUCAUAAGUAGUCACUUCUCCUCCCACAGUAGCACCAGCCACCCAGAGGAACAGGCACGUUUCCCCAAGGGCUUUGUUAAAGGUAAAGGGACCCCUGACCAUUAGGUCCAGUCGUGGCCGACUCUGGGGUUGCGGCGCUCAUCUCACUUUAUUGGCCGAGGGAGCCAGCAUACAGCUUCCGGGUCAUGUGGCCAGCAUGACUAAGCCGCUUCUGGCGAACCACAGCAGCGCACGGAAACGCCGUUUACCUUCCCGCCGGAGCGUUACCUAUUUAUCUACUUGCACUUUGACGUGCUUUCGAACUGUUAGGAUGGCAGGAGCAGGGACCGAGCAAUGGGAGCUCACCCCGUUGUGGGGAUUUGAACCGCUGACCUUCUGAUCGGCAAGUCCUAGGCUCUGUGGUUUAACCCACAGUGCCACCUGCGUCCCUAAGGGCUUUGUUAGGCAGCUUCAAAAGUUUGUGUCUUUCCCUUGUCACUUUCAAAUGGCACAAACAGUUCCCUUGCAGCAGAAUCUUAAACAGGUGCAUCCAAAAGCAAGUCCCAUUAAGUUCAAGGGAGCUUACUCUUAGGUCAGUGUAUGUGGGAUUGCAGCCUUAAGCUCUUAGCCUACACAGAGAGGUGGAUUCGGAUAUCGUUAUAUAAAGGUCAUUGCAAAAGGUUAGUCUGAUGGACUAUUAGGUCAAUAAUAGAACACUUUCUGUUUAAUGUCAGCUAGCAGGCUAUAACAAAAUAGAAAGACAGUUAUAUCUUUGUUGGAUGAUCCAUCAGCAUGGAGACAAUAUUAUUUCAUUGCCAGUAAAGAAUGCUGUGAAACACCCUUAACAUUUUGAGACUACUGAACACCUCCGGUCCAGAUUGGCUGUGGCUUAAUUUCCCCGUUCUAUUAGAAAAGUUCCAGCUGAACUAAUCUUGAUCUGGGGAAACCACUCCCACAAUUCUCCAUGGUAGGGAAGGGGCACUGAUAUUAAUGCCCCCCCUCAGUCCCCAGGCAGCUUUUGCACCUGGCUAUCGGCCACUUGUGACCAAGUGAAGAUGCCCAGGUGCCAGGAUGACGUCUGAUGUCUCCGCCAUCUGGAGGUGCAUGCCUGGGAAUCCUUAGAUCUUGACUGUUUUCACACUCCAGCCACACAUCCUGUAGAAUUCUAUCCGUUAUGUUUUAUCUGCACAAUCAAAAUGAAUUUCAGGAACCAAAAAGUCGUAUUGAAAAAUACAACUUUUGAGCUGUCUGGCCCCAAAAUGGCAUCUAGGCAUUCCAUUUUGGCGAUUAUAACCCUGGUUUAAGGAGCCAUUUGGCAUCUAGCUUAUAUAAAUAUGACUUUGGCUCUUGUUGCUAGUGAAUGUCCCUAUAUCUAAGGAGACCAGACCAACAUCUGGCAAGGCUUUGUCUUUUCAAACACACGAUAGGCUUCCUACGACAUUGUUAUUAACUGAAAUAUUCUGGUUUCCCUUAUUUCCACCCCAGAUUAUUACCCUAAGAGACUACAUACCAAAAAUCAUUGGACCAGAUGCUUUUAACCAAUACAUUGGUGCUUACAAAGGCUAUGUUCCCACAAUUAAUCCUUCAGUAUCCAAUGUAUUUACUACGGCAGCUUUUCGCUUUGGCCAUGCUGCAAUUCAUCCAGUCAUAAAGAGACUCGACGUACAGUAUCAGAAUGAUCCAAAUCUUCCUAAUCUUCAAUUGCACGAAGCUUUUUUUACCCCGUGGAGACUUAUUAAAGAAGGUACUUUGUUUAAUACUAUCACAUCUUCUUUCAUUACUGCAAAGUUAUUAGCAACUUGUAAAACAGGGAGAUUUUGUCUUGAUUUCAUCAUUGUUCAGACUGUUAAACAGACCAUGAAGAGCAAGUGCUGAGGUGUUUUUCUCUUCUUGACUAGCAUUUCCAAAGUCAUAUAAAAAAACCAAAAUAAAUUGAAAUAUUCAGUUAUUUUAUCUGUGUGGAAUGAAUUACCGUAUUUUUCGUCCCAUAGGACGCUCCGUCCCAUAGGACGCACCUAGUUUUUUGGGGGGGAAAUAAAGGAAAUUUUUUUUUCCUUUAUUCCCCCCCCCCAAAAAAAAACCAGGUUGGGGAACAGCGGUAUGGCGGCGCUCCGCCUCCCCGCUGUCCCCCGAGCUUGUGGGGCUGGCACUGGGGAGAAGCGCGCUUCUCCCCAGCGCCAGCCUCCAAACCAGGUCGAGGAACAGCGGGAUGGCGGCGCUGCGCCUCCCCACUGUCCCCCGAGCUUGUGGGGCUGGCCGAUGUCUGCCCGACGCACGGGGUGCUCUGCUUCAGGGCGUCCCGCGUGCCGGGCGGCAAGCUGCUAUUCGCAGCCUAGGGAGCUCUGCGGGAACUCCCGCAGGCUCCCCAGGCUUGCUGAUAGCUUCCUGAAGCCUGGUGAGCGAGAGGGGUCGGUGCGCACCGACCCCUCUCGCUCUCCAAGCUUCAGCGAAAGCCUGUAUUCGCCCCAUAGGACGCACACAGAUUUCCCCUUCAUUUUUGGAGGGGAAAAAUUGCGUCCUAUAGGGCGAAAAAUACGGUACAGCUUGGAGGGACAAGGGAGAAGAGUGAAAGGUUUGUGUAGCCUUACUGUUUUAAUAAUUAUAAUUAUUGUACCCCACACAUCUGACUCGGUUUCCCCAGCCUCUUUGGGCAGCUUCCAACAAAAUAUAAAGGAGCAAAACAUCAAACAUUAAAAGCUUCUCAAAACAGGGUUGCCUUCAGAUGUCUACAAAAGGUCAUAAAAUUGUUUGACUCUGACAUCUGAUGGGAGGGUGUUCCACAGGGCGGGCACAACUACCAAGAAGGCCCUCUGCCUGGUUCCCUGUAACUUCACUUCUUGCAAUGAGGGAACCGCCAGAAGGCCCCUCAAAGCCCUGUUGUUGUUGUUGUUGUUGUUGUUGUUAGCUUUACAGCACAAUACUAUGUAUUUCUGGUCAGAAAUAAGCCCUAUUAAAUGAGUCUUACUCCCAGAUAAAUAUGAUAAGGUUGCAGCCUUAUCUUAAUAAAGAGUUUCCAUAUGAUUGCAUCCAAUCAAACCAAGAUCAAAGUAAACCUGCUGCUGGACUUAAAUUAAUCACAUCUAACUUGUCCAUUCAGUCCAGAGCGUCUAAUCUGAGAAGGGCUUAAUUGGCUGCAACCCAUUAAAAAUUGUACACAGUUGAAAACGCUGGCAGUAUUAAGGUAACUUCAGCGGUAUUACAUAUCUAAAAGGGUGUAAAAUGAGGAUGGAGAAAACUGAUUUAGAUGGAUAUACAAGAAUAUGCAGGAAUUAUGGGUAAAUUAAAAGAACCUUGGAAGGGGAAGGAGGGAAGUCAUUGAAUGUAUGGGUAUAAUAAAAGAUGUUAAUGUGGAAAUGAAAACCUGAAAACUUUAAUAAAAAAUAUUUUUAAAAAAUUCAAGUUUAAAAAACAUGUUAUAAAUAGUACUUGUCUUUUUCUAGAGAAUUAUAGUUAGCUUAUUUAUACAUUUGAUAAAGAAAAAUAAUGAAAAUAAUAUUGUUAUUAUUUGCCUAACACUACUCAGUGGAAGAUGUUAAUAUCUUUACAUCUUUGUUACUUGGUUGUUUUUUUGAAAACUAGAAGAAAAAUGCAUGUAAAGCCGUUAAAGGACAAUUCAUAGUUAGUGAAGGGUCCUUAGCCGGCUGGAUGAAAAUCAAGGACUUUUGCACUUAUCUUAAGACAGUGCUGGAUUUGCGGCUGCAUACAUUUAUUUAAAGCAUUUUUAUCCUGUUUCUCACUCCAAAAUGCCCAUGAUAAGACAGACGCUUUCAAAUGUCAGUGAUAAGACAGCCCUUGCUCUGAGGCCCGCAAUCUAAAAUACGUGACACACACAGAAAUGGACUGGGAGGGAGGUAGAUUUUUGACAGAGGUUUUGUAACAACCAGCUGGGGUGGAAAUAUUUCAAGGGCAGCAGGAGCCCAAAAGCUGUUGGUCUUUCAGCAGAGAUGAUGGAGAGGCCCGCCUCUUCCCCUCUGUAACCUUCUCUUUGUACUCUUAGGUGGCUUGGAUCCCCUGCUAAGAGGAACUUUGGCAACUGCUGCAAAACUACAGGUACAGGAUCAGCUGCUGAAUGAGGAGCUAACCAAGAAGCUAUUGGUGUUGUCUCAUAAUGGCUCUUUGGAUUUAGCAUCAUUAGAUUUACAGCGGGGACGUGAUCAUGGACUCCCAGGUAUACUGCGUUAUUUAACAAUACAUCUUGUGGUAAUAGUAGCAGCAGGAUUUGUGUGUUGCCUAUGCCAAAGCCUCUAGGCGACUUAUAUUAUAGCACUGGGCAAUAGGGCUUUGCAGGCAGUGCUGAUUUGAAGUCCCUGCAAAGUCCCUUUUGGCCAAGCCCCACCCAUCAUAUAUGAUAUCAGGUGUAGAGCAGCUGAGUGUAGAUUGUUCGAAACAGCCUCACUAGCCAAAGUGGGAGGCCUAGCCAGAUUAACAGAAGAGACUUCUGUCUGUGCAAAGCAAAGCCCCGAUUUUGUUGAUCCCUCUUACCUUCUUAGGGACGCGGGUGGCGCUGUGGGUAAAAGCCUCAGCGCCUAGGACUUGCUGAUCGAAAGGUCGGCGGUUCGAAUCCCCGCGGCGGGGUGCGCUCCCGUCGCUCAGUCCCAGCGCCUGCCAACCUAGCAGUUCGAAAGCACCCCCGGGUGCAAGUAGAUAAAUAGGGACUGCUUACUGGCGGGAAGGUAAACGGCGUUCCGUGUGCUGCGCUGGCUCGCUAGAUGCAGCUUGUCACGCUGGCCACGUGACCCGGAAGUGUCUGCAGACAGCGCUGGCUCCCGGCCUAUAGAGUGAGAUGAGCGCACAACCCUAGAGUCUGGCAAGACUGGCCUGUACGGGCAGGGGUACCUUUACCUUACCUUCUUAACCACCCCACCAGCUGUUCUUGAGGGGUCUGGGACCCUCUGGAACAGAAUGGGAUGUGGUGCAGAGGGCUACAGUAAAUGGUUGGGGUUGUCAGCCAAAAUUAGGUGGCCUGACUUCUAGAAAUGGAAGUGCUGUCCUCUAAGGCACCAUUGGGUACAACCCAAUGAAUUUACUGGAAUGUAAUAUUAUUGUAUUAGCAAUCAGUGCACUGUGGUUGUUUAUUUCAUUUUAAUAGCAGCUGAGAAUAGUUUUACUUUCGCACACUCUUUCCUGCUUAGUUAAAGCCUUUAAGAACAUUUUGAUCUACAACUUCAGUUUGUCUUUAUCAGCAGUUUCCACACCUCCUUACAAAUUAUGUAUGUUAUGUUAUUAACAUGGUAUACAUUGUUAUCUUAAUUAGGAGAACACAGCCUGUUCUCCCACUUCAAGCCAGGCUACAUUUAGUCCUUAAAACAGGCACAAAUGGUCCACAGAGAGCUUCUCAUCAUCAGCCACCCAUUCCAGAAAAGAGCUAGAACAGAUCUAUUGACUAGUUUGUGCAUUGGAUUGAAUAACACCAAAGCAGAUUUAGUACAAAUCCCAGUACUCAAGAAUUACAACCUGUAUCUACAUUUGUCUUAUUAUAUUUUCCUAUGGUACCAGAAUCACUUGUACGCAAUGCUGGUAUAUCAGAAUGCUGUACUGGUUCAGGCAUAAAAUACACCCUAUAUAAAGCAUCCACUUACUGCCUCACAGAGCUUAAUUUGAAGCAAGACACCAGUCUGGUGUGGCUGUGUGGAUAGGGCACUGGACUUGGAUUUGGGAGACCUGUCUCAAAUCCCCACUCAACCAUUAAUGGCCAUCUCGGUAGCAGAAUGCUCUCCCAUCAGAUGUCAAGGAAAUAAACAACUAUCUGACUUUUAGAAUACAUCUGAAGGCAGCCCCUGUAAUGGGAAAUUUUAAAUGUCUGAUGUUUUACAAUUUUUAAUAUGUGCUGCAAGCUGUCCAGAGUGCAGAAACCCAGUCAGAUGGGUGGGGUAUUAAUAAUAAUAAAUAAUAAGCACAUUUCAUUAUUUCCCUCACCCCCGCCUGCAACAAAUCAUUGUCUCUCAACCUGGUCUACUUACAAAGUUGUUAUGAAGAUUGCAUUUGAUAAGCACCCUGAAAAGAUGGGUGGGAUAUUAAUUUGACAAAUACAUUUUUCAGGAGGCCAGCAGACCACUAGUAAUAAUUUAUUUUAUUAUUUGCUAUUACAUUUCAUGUUUCCCCCAAAGAGCUCAAGGUGUCAUAAACACUUCUCACUCUAUCUUCACAACAACCCUUUCAGGUAGGUCAGGCUGAGAGGCAAUGUCUAUGGCCCAAAGUCACCCCACAGGGUUCAUGGUUCCCAGGUACACCUUCCCAGGUAUGAACUCUAACCAUUCCUCCACACUGUCCCCAUUCACCUCUGAGGAUCAUGCCUCGCAUAUUUCAGAUCAGAGUGAAGGGAUUCCAGGUCCAAGGGUAUCACUGCAGGUAGGCUUGCAUCAAGCACUUUAGGAACUGGGCAGAGCUCUCACAGGAAGCUGUCAGGGCUCCCGUUAGGAAAUCUUGUUUGAUUCGUUCUACGAAUGCCAUAUUUGUAGGCUACAAUGACUGGCGAGAAUUCUGUGACCUGCCGAGGCUAAGGACGGAAAGCGACCUGACAAAAGCGAUACAGAACAGGAAGACGGUGCAAAAAAUCAUGGGACUGUACAAAAACCCUGACAACAUGGAUUUGUGGCUAGCAGGCAUAGUAGAAAGCAUGCUUCCAGAUGCCAGAACAGGUCCACUGUUUGCAUGCAUAAUUGGAAAACAAAUGAAAGCAUUGAGAGAUGGUGAUCGGUAAGUUUACUUGUAUUGUUCCUUCCAUUAGCCCUGCUUAGGCAUUAUUAGCUGUUCUCUGUCUCUGCUUUUCCAGGCCAAACAUACCCAAUUCCCUCAACUGUUCCUCACAAGGCUUGGUUUCCAGACCCUUUAUCAUUUUGGUCUCCCUCUUCUGCACACAUUCCAGCUUGUCAAUAUCCUCCUUAAAUUGUAGUGCCCAGAACUGGACACAGUACUCCAGGUGUGGUCUGACCAAGGCAGAAUAGAACGGGACUAUUACUUUCCUUGAUUGGGACACUAUAUUUCUGUUGAUGCAUCCUAGAAUAGCAUUAGCUUUUUAUGCUGCUGCAUCACACUGCUGACUCAUGAUAAGCUUGUGGUCUACUAAGACCCCUAGAUCCUUGUCACGUGUACUACUAGAAAGCCAGGUGUCCCCCAUCUUAUAUUUAUGCCGCUGUUUUUUUCUGCCUAAGUGUAGAACCUUACAUUUGUCUGUAUUGAAAUUCCUUUGGCCCAGUUCUCCAAUCUGUUAAGGUCAUCUUGAAUACUGAUUCUUUCUUCUGUUCUUCUGUAGCAUUAUCUGCCUCUCCCAGUUCAGUGUCAUCUGUAAAUUUGAUGAGCAAAUUUGAGGAUGGCAGCUAACACGCUUGUCUUUGCUGUCCCUCAUGCAAUUCUAACCACACAGGGGAUUAGAAUACCUGAAAAGGAUAUUUAUUAAACUGGAUUUGGUAAAAAACAAACUUUGAAACAGGAUUGCCAAUUGUUUCAGAAGUUUGAUAUCUAGGUGGGGCCAAGUGGUAGAACAUAAUACACUGUGGCCUACACUCCUGUCCUGCAAUAUUUUUUGGUCUUGUUUCUACAUAGAUUUUGGUGGGAAAACGACAAUGUUUUCACUGAAGAUCAAAGGCAAGAACUCAGAAAAUAUUCCUUAUCCAGAUUAAUCUGUGAUAACACUGGUCUCACUGAAGUGCCCCUUGAUGCCUUCAUACUUGGGAAAUUUCCUAAAGAUUUUGAGUCUUGUGAAAAUAUACCCAGUAUUCAUUUAGGAGCUUGGCAGGAAACGUUUCACCCAGGUAAUUCUAAAAAUUAAUAUCCUCUUUUUUGUCAAAUAUUUGGAAUGUUUAGAAAUGAGGAGAAUGCUGGAGGUUUUGACAGCUGGGAUGAAAUGGUCUGAGUAUCUUCUUGCUACCAGGCAAAGCUGUGUUUCAUUCCUUUGCAUUUGGCAAAAGGAAUGAAAGGGUAUGAGAGGGUACAGUAGCCCAGUCUCUGCAUUCAUCAUCUGAGGCCUUUGAACAGGGAUAGAAAAGCUGCCGCUCUCCAAAUGUGGCUGGACUUAUAAUGAUAGUAAUCUUUUUAUUUCUACCCCGUCCUACAGCAGGGUCCAGCUCCCAUAAUUGCUGACCAAGAGUGGUCAUAGAAUAUCUUCACUCAAGAUUAGGAAUUUCAGUUCUCUGGGUCGCUCAUUUUUCCACACUUAAAUUUAGAACUCUACAUUUUGCAGCAAUUUGUGUUUUGAUUCACAUGAAAAUUUAUCAGCAUUUUAGUACAAAUUUAUCUUAACAAAAACAGUAUAUGCAGUUUUGACUGAUGUACACUAAUGUGUUAUGUAUAUUUUUAAAAAAAUGUUGUGUUUUUGCUUCUAGAGUUGAAUUGUGGUUUCCCAACAAGAGUGGAACAUGGUGACUUUGUCCAUUGUUCAGAGGCAGGGAAACUCACUGUUACCUACUCAUGCCACCAAGGAUAUGAGCUAUUAGGAGAAGAACAAUUGUCCUGUAUACAGGGGAAAUGGAAUUUGAAAGCACCGGUCUGCCAAGGUGCCUAUGGUUUUUAAGUUUUGUCUGCUAUCUCCUAGCAAGAAUGGCAUUGCCACAUUGGAAUGUUUAAACAUGAAUAAUCUUAGAGGGCUGAAUAAACUUGGAUCCUGUAGUCUAUUGUGAAAAUUCAUUUAUCUUCUGAGGUCACUCUUGAUGCUGCCAUCAAUAAAUUUCUUUUUCAGCUUACUUACAGUUUCUAGCUGUAGAGCCUGAGAAUUCACACGUUCCAGGGCUUACUGAGACAAAAACGUGAAACAAAUUGCAAAGAGAUUUGAAAAGAUAUAAGCGUACUCUUCCUUUCUUCGCUUUACUCUGAUCUCACAAAUCAUCCUUGGUCUCUUAUUUUAAGAAGACGUGAUCGUCCCCACAAACUAUUACUCUGCUCCAUAUAUUUGUGAGUUAAGCAACUGACUGAGCCAAGUCUCCCAGAAUGCAACUAAAACAUAACCCAAACUGGGCAGCUUGCCUGACCACGCUCCUUCUUGCUCUCAGUGUAAAGGAAUACAGAUCAAAAGGAAGCAAUAGGAUUCACAGAAUCAUAGGAUGCUUUAAUGCCCAUGGAGGGCCUGUGUGCGUUUUGAAAAACUAAAAAGCUUGUAGGAUUUAAUUAGCAGCAGGCAUUAACAGGGUUUAGCCAGGAUAUCCAUAUCCAUAUCCAAGUUUUUUGCCUGAGAAAUAAAAUAAGACUGCAUCUGAUCAGCUCGUUCUCUCCUACGGGAAGAAAAAGCUUUCUGCUGCUAGCACCUUUUUCAAACAUAUAUUGCUGCACUUUUAUUUGGUUGCACCAGAAAUAUAGAACAAAAUGCAUUGAGGCAUGCCCAGGGAUGUGGGGGUUCUUUCCGCAAAGAAACUCACCCCCCCCGCCAACUAUACUAUUAUUUGUCUCUUCAUUGCCACAGUUGGGGAAACAAAAAAAAAAAAGUAGUGCUCAAAUUGAAGAGUAUAUGCUUCCAGGUGGUCAGAUAUUUUACUACACCAGUAUUUUGGGGUCAGGGACACUAGUCCCACAAUUAGGCAGAGUGAGGAGGCCAUCCCAGGUGACUGAUCCUUGGGUGGGGAAGCUGUUGCAGUGAAAUGUUGGAGGACACGGCUGUUAGCUAUUUGUGAUUUUUUUUAAAAGAAGCCUUACGCAAGACUUGAAAUUCAUUUCUCUCCCUUGAGCCCAAGAGAGGGUUUAGUCCCUUUUGUUUUCAAAACUUCUUCAUAGCAGCGCAUAAGUUAUUAAUCCAUAGCUUGCCUGUUCUCACAAACUCCUCCAGACAGCAUCUGAUUGAAGUCACCACUCUAAUCAAAGAAUCAACCAAGAAAAUAACCAACCAACUGUCAGCUCCCAACUUUCCCCAGUACCAUUUAUUCUUUGUGAAAUACAUUUAUAACGCAAAUACAAUAUAAAUACUAACAACCGUUGCCUGUGCCCUGUGGCUUGCACCACACCUGCUCUUUCAGAUGUGGUAGGAAAUUAUUUCCUAUUGCCAGUGCAAUCCAAGGGCCAAUCCAAUUGACUUCUGUACAUGGACAAGUAAAGGACAUGAUCAAGUCUGGUUUGGGAACUGUGAAGGAGAUAGAAUGCCUUAAAAUGUGAGCUGGACAAAUUGUCCCCCGCCUUUAACACUAGGAAGGCCCAGAAAGAAAGAUUGCCUUCUUCUUUGAGUUACUAUCAUGAUCCCCUCCUUCGCAUUAUAAAAACUAUUAGUACAGAUGGUUUCCUACUGAAUCCAGUAAAUCAAGCACCACAGGCACUCAAUCCCCCUUCCAAUGCCUUGAAAGUGAAGAACUGCAUGAGUUCAUUUCAAUGCAUUGCAUCAAUUUAGGACUUUACUCUCACUUACAUUACAUUUCUACAAGUCACCGUACGUAGCAUUUCCCAGCAUGUCUGUGCACAUGCAUAUUCAACCUUCAUUAAGGGGGAGGAAAGCAUCAGGAGAGAGAGAGAAAUUUAACAAGCUCCUACUGAGGAAGACAUUACAACAGGUGAAUUCAUUUGCAUGCAGGAGCUACAGUUGGUAUAGGCCUGCUUAUCAACAUUGCUUGGAAGAGACAGUGAUUCAGAUAAUGGCACACUUGAAAUGAAAUAGGGAUAGGGAAUUGUAACUCUCUCUUUUAGUCACAUCCUGUGAGUCCCCUGAAUUUUUUCCACCUAGUUGCGAAGCAAAGAAAGAGAUGAAUUAUAAUAAUAUUUUGCCCCCUAGCAGAUUAAUAUUCUGGCAACAAGCUGAAUGGAAAAACUUGCGUGAACCAGUCGUUUAUUCUCCAAUAGGUGGUUAAUAUGUUAAACUAUGUACGGCAGGCUAUGGAAACAAGCAGUAGAAUGGGAAGUCACUAAGUCAAAAGAAAAACACAAUCCUAGGCUGCUUGCAUGGCUGUUAGUUCAGUUAGCUCUUCCUUUGCUCCAUGUGUGUUUAUACAAUGUAUUGCACACACAGGGCUCAGCUAGGACUCAGCCAGAAUGGUGAAGAAAAUGUGAUUUAUAUGCGUUCUAUGUGCAAUAUAACAUUGUGCCAUCAGGUGGUGACAUGGAGCCCCGUUUUUCUCUACCUGUUUUCCCUGUUUAAGUUUACAACACUUUAAACUGAAACACUUCUUUCAUGUGUCUAGAUCCAGCCACAGUGAAGCAAAUUAUGAAUAAAUUAAUAAAAAAGUAUCUGGUUGAACAAAUCUUGGUUUUUUUUUCAAAUGCUUUACAACAGCAGCUCCCAAACCCUUUUAGGCUUGAGGGCCCCUUUGAGAUGUAAGAAACUCAAGAACUCAGUUUCCCCUACCUAAGAAAGAGGCAAAACACCCAAAAAAGGAGGUUUGAUUUCUGUUCUGGAAAAAUAAGCAAACAGCAGUUUCUAAUACUGUUUCUAUUUCCAUCAGAACUCUCUUGGUGCUAGUGCAGACUGCCCAUGCAUAUCUGGGUUUAUUAAGCCAGAAUUAAUAGCUUAUCUUUUUGUGCAAAUGCAGCAUAUUUUAGGAUCCGCCUUCUAGAAAUACACUUUGAGUUUAUAACUUUGUUUUAACUUUUGUGUUUCUCUUUAGACAUCAACGAAUGUGAAAAUAAAACCAAUCCCCCAUGCCACUCCUCUGCUCAAUGUGUCAAUACCCAAGGCUCAUUCCAGUGUCUUUGCACAGAUCCCUAUGAACUGGCAGAAGAUGGGAAAAUAUGCAAAGGUGAGGUGACUGCACUGCUUUGCUGGUUAAAACUUAGCAACAUAAAACAAUGAAGCAAUCUCAAAGUCAUUCUCUGUCAUUCACACAUGCUGUAGUCAUUUAUGUGAGAACCAUUCUAAUUAUCUUCCGCUGUUUCAUACUUAUCAACACUGAAUGAUCACAGCAGACUUCUAAAUGUAAGGGUCACUGUAAAGAACACAAACCAACCACUGUGGUAGGUUAGAGAGAGAGAGAGGCUGGCUUAAGUCUGCUUCCUGGCUAAGUAGAAGUAAGAACUCAGGUGUUGAGAGUCCAAGGAGGCAGUCUUUGAAGUUUUGGAUAGUGUAACAAAGGCAGGGGUGCCAAUAAAAUAUUGGAGGGGCCCAAGUGAGCCCUACCCCACAUAAUUGAUUACAUGACACGGCACCACACCCAUGUCCAUUAACUUGGGGGGCCCUCAAAUAUUUUUUGUGAGGGGUGAAGGGACCUCGGCCACUAGGAGUUGGCUCCUAUGAACAAAGGUGUGGGAAAACAUGUCUGACGUUUUCUUCUUCUGAACAACAGCAGCAGCAGCAAUAACUCUCACUGGUGGGAUUAGAGAAACUUCCUCAUUCCCUUUUAUGUCAUGUACGUAUGGUAAUUCCAGGACUUGUGCUACCAUAUGAAAUUCAGUAUAAUCCUUGGAUAGUUAAUAACAAUUUUUGAACCAGCGGGUGGCCCGCACAGCCAGGCUGCAUUUAUGUUCCUUUACAUGCCAUAAAUCCUUUUGUGCUUGAUUAAAUGCCUCAGUCUUAGCUUUUCCAAUCAGUAAACAGCUAGUUAUUUAUUUAUUUUUACACUGAAAGGGAAAGGGUUUAGGCCCAGGCAGUUAUUAUGGUUCUAAACUGAAGUUAAAGAAGUUUGGGUGUCUGAUAAACAUCACUGCCAUGCCCAUUAGAGGUCUCUGAAAAGAACUGUCUGCCUACAAGAUGACUGCAAUCUGGCCCACAGAGAGCUGGUGUGUGGAGCAGCACUCCUGAGGUUCUCUUCAAAGGAAGAGUGUCAAAAGUUAUUUCCUUGAGAGAAGGAUUUGUAAUAAUUUGGAAAAUCAAUAAACAUAAUUGUCAGGGAGGGAGACUUAGGGUGGCAAUCCUCAGAAUCCUCAGGCCAGAGGAGGACUGACACCACACCCCAGGCAUGUCUGCUGGAAGUGCUUCGGGGGCUGACCCUACAUGCUCUCCCUCUUUCACAGUCCUUAUUCUCAUUUCUUGAAGUGAAGGACUCUGGCUCCAGGGUUAUGGCAGGCCUUAGGUUUGAAUUCUAAGCAGGCAUUUAUAAGAAAGGUCACAGGGAUCAAGCUGUAUUCAACAUGUCUGUCUGAGCUGCAUUCAUCCUGGUGGGCCACAAGCUAUGCAGGUCUGCAUCAUAAGCAGAUAAGUCAAGUUCACCAGCCUUUCUCUCCAAGUAAGCUUGGGGAUUCGUUGGCAGUUGCCAUAAUAAAAAUACAGAACUGUGAAGGCAGUCUGGAUGAGAUAACUAAAGCAAACCUUGAGCUGCCUGUGAUUUGCUUGUUAGCCCAGAAGAGCAUCCCAAGUUGCAAAUGAUUGGUACGGUAGUGUUGUAGAGCAAUUGAAAAAUGAUUAGUGUGAAUUACAUUAUUCCAGCAACUUCAGACUUCUAACUAAAGUGCUCUUAACAUCUGUAAGAGGUCUAAUAAUAUUUUAUGCUGCACACUCAUUCAACCUCCAUUCAUACUUGGAACAUGCCAGGAUGUCUUAAAUUAUUCUUAUUUAUUACACUUGAAUGCUGCUUUCUCCAACUCAGGGCAGCUGACGUUGGUAUCUUCCCAUCACAACUACCCUUGUGAAGUAGGUCUGAGAUUGUCCAAAGCUAUCUAACAAAGCUUUAUGUCCAAAUGAGUUUAGAAGCCAGUACGAUUUGGUCCACAUCUAACAUUAAGACCACUACUGCAGACUGUCCCUCAUGCCAGGAUUUUUUGUUAAUCAUUCUGAAACUGACAGUUCUGACUAAGGCAUACUGUAUCUUAGUUUUGUUGCAACCCAGUUUGCCCUAGGAGGAAUGCUUUACCUCACAGACCUCUUCCUGGAGUCCUGUUCCAAAUUAAAUGGAAAGUGUGGAAGAUGGAGUAGAAGGGAGACUACUGCAAACCUGUGAGGUUUGUUGUCUGAAGGCAACAACACUGCUCAUCUGUCAAAAAUAAGCCUAUUGCUGUACAUAAAAUGUGAAGUAGAAAUCCUUGGGUCUUUUUGGUGUCUUGUUUCUUUUGUCCUUGGUUUGAAGCAUGAUAGUUGCUUUUUCCAUUAAGUUGUUAAAAACCUUUUGAUGGCACUGUUUUAAUUAUUCCUUACUUCAUUUGUCUAAUGUGCCUAAUAACCAUUCAACCUGUAACAGAUAGCUUGAAGUUCUGUUCCUCAGAUGACUCUGUUCCUAACACUUGUUUGGGGAUUAAUCUCCUUAAUCGUCUUCUUCUAGGGAGGGAAAAACCUCUUGAUUGAAUUUUGCUUUGCUUUUAAUUAUUGUUAUAUGCUUACAUAAUACCAGCACUUUUGCAUGGGUAUUUUCAUUUACAAUAUAGACUGUUCAUUUCACUGAUCUUUGAAAGAAUCUUGAUAGGCCAACAAGCAGGGCCCUGCAUCAAAAUGUUGCAGUGUAUUCCUGGCAAGCCUAAGGCUGAGGGGUUGUUUAUCCAAGGAUCUCCACAGCUAAACAAGGCAGAAAUUAUUCUCAACUUUGGCAAUGGUGGGGACAGGAACAGAAGUGCGACUUUGAGGGCGGCCCACACUUGCCCUGUACAUGGGAAUAAUGUAUGACCAUCAGCUUGGAUGGCUUUAAAAGAGGAUUGGACACAUUCAUGGAUGACAAGGCUAUCAACGACAUCUUGCCUUUUAAUACCAGUUGCUGUGAUCACAAGUGGGCAGGGUGCUGUUGCCAGCAUGGUGUAGUGGUUAAGAGUGGUAGUCUUGUAAUCUGGUGAACCGGGUUCACGUCUCCGCUCCUCCACAUGCAGCUGCUGGGUGACCUUGGGCCAGUCACACUUCUCUGAAGUCUCUCAGCCCCACUCACCUCACAGAGUGUUUGCUGUGGGGUAGGAAAGGAAAGGAGAAUGUUAGCCGCUUUGAGACUCCUUCGGGUAGUGAUAAAGCGGGAUAUCAAAUCCAAACUCCUCUUCUUCUUCUCAUGUCCUGCUUGCAGGCAUCUGGUUAGCCACUGUGAAAACAGGAUGUUGGACUAGAUGGGCCGUUGACCUGAUUCAGGAGGCUGAUCUUAAGUUCCUAUGAAGGGAGCUGCAAUCUUUCAACAUUCAUUGUCAAUGAGUUCUUAUGUUUUAGAGUUUCCCCUCCACCCUUAGUUCUUUUCAUUGCAAUUUUUCUGCACACAUGCAUAUAUCUCUGGGUCACCCUAAGUAUGCUGAUUCCUUUGCUGUUCUGGCUACAUAAGCACAUGGAUGGGCAGACUUGGAUCAGUAUUAGAAGGAAUGAUUUCCUCAAGGUGCACCAACAUAAAAAAACACCCUGCUUCUGUGAUGUUUGGUCCCACUCUGUACCCAUAAUAUGCAGUACCAUUAUUGGACCAUGUGACCUGCCCACCUCCUGUGGCUCCUAUGGACUGGUCAGAGCCAGCCCAAUAUAUUUUGCUACAUGAGAUGAAGGCUAGGGAUGGUGCCCUUUCCCAUUCCGUGCACAGAAGCCAACUGGAUUGGCAAUUAGAUUAUACUUCAACAUUGGCAAUGGGACAGCACAAUCCAUCGCACCUGAAAGAACAGUUUAACUUUGGAGGUGCAGGGCAGACCACGUGUAACUGUGUGCUCCCAACAUUUCACUGCCCAGCUUCCCCACCUGUCACUUUGCCUAAUGGUAGGGCUGGUCCCCAUACUGGUGUAGCAGAAGAUCUGAUACCUGGAAACAUGUGCUCCAAGAGUCCUUGGUUUCUAGUACCUGUCCCUGGUAUGUCACAGUCUCCUUUUUAUCUUUUGUAGAAACUUUGGGAAGACAAGCAGUGUAAUUAUUCUGGUUUCAGACACUCUUUCUGUCUAUGCAGAAAAGGAGCUGAAGUGCUCAAUUUAAUGGACAUGGCAGAGGUGAAGCCUACAAUUAAGUGUGUGUGUGUGUGUGUGUGUGUGUGUGUGUGUGUGUAGUCCUCCUCAGGCAAUGAUCCUUGCCAUGUGAACAGGAGUGUUACAAGUACAAGCCAAUGUCUGUUUCUGUGAAAUGUUGGAUUAUGAUGGAAGUUGCUUCCACAUCAUUGUCAAAUUGACAACAUCAACUGGUCUUUAGUUGUCAAAAAGUUAGCAAGCAAGACUUGAGAUUGAUCUGCUGUUAUUGUCCUGUGGUUUGACCUGCAAAUUGAAUCCACAUAUUGGGCUUCUUUGGGAGGAAAGGCAAAAUAUAAAUGUAAUAAAAUAAGUAUUUUCACCCAUUCACUACUCUCCUCCUCUCCUCCCACACCCUAGCAAGGCAGACCAAUAGCUUGGGCUGAGACCCUGGAUAGAGAGAGGAGCGAUAGAACAUUUUUUACAGACAAUAGCUGCAACAAACACUCUCAGUCUCAGCCAUAUAACUCUGUAUUUGAUCUUUAUAUUAUUUAAUGAAAUAUGAAAAGAAAAUCUCAUUUGCAGGAGGAGUGAUACACUCUGCAAGUGAAUUCCAUUGCUUGUGGGGGGUUGUCUUUCAAUUUUCAAGGCAUAAAAUAUUCUGGUGUCAAAUAUAGAUAGCCUUUGAAAAUAUUAUAUACAUUAGAAAGGAAGGAAGGAAGGAAGGAAGGAAGGAAGGAAGGAAGGAAGGAAGGAAGAAAGAAAGAAAGAAAGAAAGAAAGAAAGAAAGAAAGAAAGAAAGAAAGAAAGAAAGAAAGAAAGAAAGACUAGCAUUGUUACAUGGUGCAGAUUGAAGGAAGGCGAGACCCUCAGCCUGCAUAAGUUGGAGAUCAUAUACACUGCAGAUAGGACAGUUCUGUAGCUUGCCACCAGCCAUUGCUACCUAAAUCCAAAAUAGUAUUUCCAUUGGUAACAGUGGCAGAGGAGAAUGAUAAGAUGAGUUGUGUGAUGACAGCAGACCUCUGAAGUCUCAUUGGAAGCAUAAAACUACCUACCCGCCUAGUUAAGAAGUAUAAUUUAACAUUUCAUUGUUUCAGAUUCUGGAAGGCUUUCCAAGGGUUCUCUAGUCUCCAUCAUUUUAGGUGUGAUUGUGUUCAGUUGUUUGGCAGUAUCAAGCUGGUUUGUGGUUUGCCGGUGGUAAGUAUCAACUGCUUAUGGCCUUUCUACCUAGUUGGGCUUUCCCCCACUCCUUCCUUCAUAGAAUUUUCCAUAAGACGUGCUUUCUGCCUAAUGACCAAAGUCCUUUUCGUACAACAUGGAGGGCAGAAGAAUGAACAUGCAUAGGAGAUGGACCCAGGAUCCCAUUCAAGUAAAGAUGUCCCAGUGUUUGAACAGAUGUGUGCACCUUUGACCUAGCUGUAUCAUCAAAUGAACAUGUAUAGGCUGAAGGCACAGCUUGCCACUACAAUGCUCUCUUCUCCACCUGCUGUUCAUAAUCUCCACAAAUGUACUCUGAAAAGGGCUUCUAUUUUAGGUGAUGUUUAGGUGAUGUAUGUAUAUAGCUCAAGAUUUUAUACAUAUAUAUGUAUAAAAUCUUGACCUGUAUUUAAAUAUUAACAGUGCUAUUUUUCUAGAAAAAGAGGUACCAGCCAGAAAUGUUUUAAAACUUAGACUAAAACACUUUGAACAAGAUUGGCUGAUAUCUUGUGCUUUGUUAUUUUAAAUUUAAAUCAAUGCACUUGCUAUUUCAUGGACAGUAGAAAUGUUUGGCCAAGAUAAGAAAAAGAGGAGACAUAAAAUGUGUACCCAAAUACCAAUAGCUUUCGAGAGAAGAUUUUGCAUGCUUCCUGCUGUUCUCUGUACUCGUACUGCAAGUACACCCAAGAACAGAAUUAAGGCUCUGGACUACUUUCAACCCCCCUGCCUUAUCCAAAGUUAGACAAAAGUUGAAAAGUAAGAGCAUGUAUCCUGCCUUCACUUAAACCUGCCCAUCAGCAAGGGUAGCCGAUACAGUACCCUCCAUAUGCUGUGGACUACAAUUCUCAAUAGCUGCAAAUAAUACAAGGAUCUGAAAUGAUGAGGGUUGUCAUCCAAAACAUAUGGAAGGCAUCACAAUGGCUACCCCAACUCAUUAACAUAGAGGCCUCUUCCCUUUGGUGCUGCUCUAGGGAGAGUCUGUGGGUAGUAUAGGAAGCUGACUUAUUCCGAGUCAAAUCAUGGCUAACCUGAUCCAAAACACCCACCCACCUCACUCACACACGAAAACAAAGAUCACCACAGCCAAUCACAAGCAAACAAUCACACCCUAGGCCAACCCCAACCUCUCUCACCACCAAAGGAACACAAGUGAACAACACAAGCAACGCUGACACCAAACUCUACAUACAUUAAACAUAAUAGAAACACCGCCACCCGACCCCACCCCCAUCCAUCUUCCCUCUCUCCACCCCCUUUUUCUUUUUCUUUUUUUCUUCUCCCCUAAUGCCUCAACAAAUGAAACGGAUUUGUAAAAAUGUUACAUGGGAAAAAAAAAUACGAGGCACUACACUUCUGUAAAACAAGAAAAUCCUUAAUAAAAUAUUUAAAAAAAAAAAAAAAAUCAUUAGUCCAUCUAGCUAUGGAGGACAACAGAUUGGAGAAAACAGGUCUAUACUGUUUGGCAGCAACUUCCCAGAGUUGGGCAAGAUUGUCUCCUACGUUUGCCUGGAGAUGCUGGGGACUGAACCCUUUGUUUGCAAAGCAUGUGCUCUACUACCGAGCUUUGGCCCUGCAAAUUAGAAAAUUGUAAAUCAGAACUAGGAUUGGUGUGCUGAACACACCCUGGUUCAAAUCCCUACUCAGCCAUGAACUUCAUUGACUUUGGGCCAGCCAAUCUCAGUUUCUCUCUCUCUUAGUAUCUCUUGUUGUAAGGGGAGACGAAUUUACAUUCCCAAAGGAAUCAAAAUCCAAAUAAAUAAAUGGGGGAAAUGGAAUAAGCUAAUCUAUUAAGCUCCCUACUAGGUGGUUAGGUCCAACUACAAAAAAGAAUUCACAGCUGUUUUAGGAGUCUUCAACCACACUGGCUAGCUUUUUGAAUGAUAGCAACACAAGACUGAAAAUCCAACCCAAAAUGAUUGCAACCCAAAUUUUAGACAUAAUUCAGCAAGUAACUGGACUUCUGCACAUCUGGACAGAUUGCAAAAGGUGCCUAAGGAAAACAUACUGACACUGUAGUUUCUAAUUCAGGGUAUAAGAGAAAUUAUUAAUUUUUUAGAGCCACUUCAGACAAAGCUAGUAGCACUGGCAAGACUGUCCGCACUUGAAAGUUAAAGAUAUAGGACAGCAGGCUAUUGCACAAAUGGAGCCAUACAAUGGAUCAAUGGCACAUUUUUUCAUCUGGUGGAGAAUGUGGGCCAUGUAAAAUGCUUGUAUUAAAACCAAUUUAGUCUUACUGACUUCAGUAGGGCCAAGUCCUAAAACCAAGUGCUUCAGCAUAACUGAGCUGUGGAACAGGCUAUUAAGCUGCAACCCCAAACCAUUUAUUUUGGAGUAAUUCUCACAAAGGAGUCUCACUGAAGUCUAUGAAAGUAAUUCAGGACUGGCCAAAGAGCAUGUGGCUUGCUUACUUGAGACCCUAGCAUUUAGAUGCACCUUGUUGUAUGCCAUUCAAAGACCCCAAAAUGCUUUCCUUUAGCUCAGCAGGACUUUUCUGGUUCACGUCAAUAUCUCAGUCGGGGAAAUGCUAUUCUGGUGGCUCCCUGUUGCUUUUAAUGUUAUGUCAAAGGACCUUAAAGGCUGAUCAUACAGUUCUUUAAAAGCUGCUGUAAAAGGUGGGGGGGGGAGGAUUUUCUCUGUGAGCACAGCGAGUGGAACAUGGCAAGGAGUGCAUUACCUACAGUACUGACUUAUCACAGCAGGUGGCUAGCUUAGCCACUAUUAUGAUGUCUUGACUCUGUGCCCUGCCAGUGUUGGAAAGCCAGUUAACUGGAGAGGACACACAGCCUGGCUUUUGACACAACUAUCAAGGAAACUACAAAUAUCCAGCUUUAAAGUUAGCAGUCCUGCUAAAUGCUUCGUGGAAGCAGCAGGCAUAGCUUUCCAGUUCUCUAGGAGAAAUGAGGAUUUGGACAUUUGAAGGAUUCCACAGACCCCUAUCUGUUUGUGCGAUGGUGACAGAAAAUCAUUGUUGGAAUUACCUGCACUGUGAAGCUCCACUAGGGGAGAGGGACAGGGGCCUGUUGAAACUUUAUAACAGGGGAGGGUCUUGGCACCAAUACUGCCCUGCCACAAAAGAUCAAAUCAGUGCAGUCUCAGUAACAUCUGCUACUCUCCCCUAUAAGGAGACAGGUCUUUAUGGUUUGAGUUCAACAAACAAAACUUGCAAAUGCUUGACAGAGAAACCUUAUACAGUGGUACCUCGAGUUAAGAACUUAAUUUGUUCUGGAGGUCCAUUCUUAACCUGAAACUGUUCUUAAUCUGAGGUACCACUUUAGCUAAUGGGGCCUCCUGCCACCACCGCCGCACGAUUUCUGUUCUCAUCCUGACGCAAAGUUCUUAACCUGAGGUACUAUUUCUGGGUUAGCAGAGUCUUUAACCUGAAGUGUCUGUAACCUGAAGCGUCUGUAACCUGAGGUACCACUGUAUCCAAAAGCAGUCACUCAUGUAAUAUCCGCUCACCUGGGGCAUGUUUGGGGUUGUGAUGGGACACUGGGAAAGACUUAGGAUCCAUCAGAUCCCAGAGACACUUCCCAUAAUGCCCCCCCUUUGCCACCCCCCAUCAUGGUCAAGGGUCAGGGAUUAUGGAAGUUGUAGCUCAAGGCCACUUAGAGGGCCACAGUUCCCCAUCAGUGUUCUAGGAUAUUGAGGACAACUGAACCAUUGAAGCUUAUGUUAUGAUUCUAAAAAAUCAUAGAAUUCUAGAGUUGGAAGGGACCCAUCUAUCCACCCCCCUGCAAUGCAGGAAUAUGCAGCUGUCCCAUACAGGGAUCGAACCUACAACCUUGGUGUUAUCAGCACCAUGCUCUAACCAACUGAGCCAUUACAGGAAGCAAUGGAAACCGGACCAGCUCUGGUGCAGGAGUAUAGAUGAAGGCAGGCAUUUGUGUCUGCAUGCAGCAGCAAGAUUUUUUAGACAUUGGGUCUUAGAAGGAGGAGAGGCACCAUUUGGACUCCAACUCAAGCAGCAAAAUGCCCUGGUCCUUCUAGCACCAUAUGGAAAGCAACUUGUCUCUUCUAGUUUCCUUUAUGAAAGUUAUUUAAGCAAACUCCAUAAAUAGUAGCAAUGAAAGCAGCAACAGAGAGGCUGCCAAGCACUGGCCAAAAAGAGCAGUGUGUUGGAGGCUUGAGGGAAAUCUGUUAGCAUGCGGUGAAGCAAAGCAUAGACAAAUGUAGAUGUCAGGUGUGCUGGGUACACUGUACUGUCAUAGCAGCUGUUGCUGCUAAGAGGCUUUGAAAAAUAAUUCAGAGUUUAAAUGAUGAACGUGCCACAGGUUGUAUGCUGGAUCUUGAGACACUCAUCAAAUCACCAGGAAAGCCUGCACUACACAAGCAUCUGCAUUGGGCCAAAGAUGUAGCACUCCAGCUGCUUAAGGGAAAAAAGGAAAGGGAAACAAAAAUAGCUGAAAUGGAAACACUGACAUUUUACUUACUUGGUUAUCCUGAUUUAUUACACACAGAGAGAAAGAAAAAGUAUUAGCUAGCUUUGCUAGCUUACGUAUACCAGUGUGGUCAUGAAGUACAUAAAAUAAGAGCUGGAGAUUGAAAAAGAGGAUAUAUUAAAUGGUGUUGAUACAUCGCUCCCUCCGAAAAUCUGUCUGAACUAUUUUCUAAUACUAUUUUUCUUGGUGUUUCUGCUAUUUGCUUAUAUCAAUGCUUGAUUUUAGGGCUGCUUCUGAUAUGUAGGGAAAGACUGGAAACUUUGCCAAGUUGUGAGAAUAUAAUUGUGUGUCUGUUACACAGAUUUCCCAGGCUGUUAACCUGCAGAUAAGGCUAUUGUAAUGUGGGAUGUGUAGGGUGGCCCUUGAGAACUGUCUGAAGGUUACAACUUUUGCAAAAUGCCAUAGCCAGGGUGCAAAUGGGUGCUCCUGUUUAUUCAGAUAUAACACAAAUUCUAAGAGUUGUAUGGUUGUCAGUGGUCUUCUGGGUCUGGUACAACUCAAGCCAUCUGGUACAACUGAGCCAUUACAGGAAGUUAUGAUGGUUAUGGUGACAAAGCCCUAAAAGACUUGGAGGCUAAGCAUCUGAUUACCGGAUUACCGCUGUCCACUCCUUUUAUAUGCGGACGACGCGGUAAUUCUAUCUUAUACACGUGUUGGACUAACCAGAGCUCUGAAGAUCUUUGCCACGUAUUGUCAACUCAACCAAUUAACCAUCAAUCAUGCUAAAUCUAAGAUUCUGAUUUUCGCCAGAAGUCGGAGAUUAUACGAAUGGAAGCUUGGUGGAGCAAAAAUAGAGCAAGUCCUAAAAUUUCAAUACCUAGGAGUUAUUUUUCAAUACAAUUUGGGGUGGAAAGCACAUAUUCAACACCUACUUAAUAAGGCCAAAACUCUGUCAUAUGCGCUCCUCCGAUUUUUCUUUUCGGAUGGAGCUUUGCAUGUUCCUCGGCCCUAUUGGUGUUCACGGCAACUGUGGUUCCGGUGCUUGCUUAUGCGGCCCGGCUCUGGGUCGUGAUGACAGACCUUGCCCCUCUUGAGACUUUGCAAAACCAAUUCCUACGUCGGCUCCUAAUGCUCCCCUGUGCGUAAGCAACGCAGCCAUGCGUUUAGAAUUGAGGAUCGCAUCCUUAGAAACCUGCCUGUGGAAGCAAGUCUUCAAUUAUUGGUUAUCAUUGUGGCAUAGAUUACCAGACCAUUACCUUGCCCAAUGCUUAUGGCGAGAUGAAUCCCCAGCCUUUGGACCAGUAGAAUUCAUGCCAAACUCCUGAGCUAUGGAAUCUCUCCCUUAGAUUCCCUAAAACUAGAUCAAAUCACUGCUCAAAGACUGAUCCGCCAAAGACUGGAUGACAUCGAUUUACAGCAAAAUUAUAUGCUGGGGGGAGGUGUUUGUUCGCCCCAGAACAUUGGUAUCACUUUAACUUAUUGCGUUCCAUCAUACCUCUCCUCCCUUUCGACUGUUGCCCAUAGGCUGGCCUUCACCAAAGCGAGGUUUAAUGUUUUUCCCUCCAAUGUCCUGAGACAUAGAUUCUCAAAGGGCCAAACCUCCGCCAUGUGCGAAUGUGAUAAGGAGAUGCCGGAGUCGCUUCAGCACAUUAUGUUCACUUGCCCCUUAUUUAAGGUGCCACGGGCAAACUUGUUGGGAUCAAUCAUACAGAAAUUAGAGGGUACUCCACCAAAAUUCCACCUUGCCCAAAUCUUGCAGGAUAAGGAUGCCCAUACGACCCUGAAAGUGGCUAGGUUCCUGGUCGCUGUCCUUACCCAAAAGCGUCGCCAAGGAGCACCACAAGCUAAUUAAGGCGUAGUAUGCCAUUCCAUCUUAUAGUAGCUUAUUGUUAUAGUAUUGUUUUAGCGGCUGUUUUUUUCCCAUGUGCACAGGCUGUUAUUUAUGUCUUGUUUUUAUCUGUAUGGGCCUACGGCCGUAAUAAAUUAUUAUUAUUAUUAUUAUUAUAAGCCCUAAAAGACUUGGAGGCUAAGCAUCUGAAAGAACACAUUAAGAUCUGCAAAGGAAAUCAUAUUGGUGAUACACUUGCUGAGCAAGGCUUGCAAGUGCAGGGAGGUGAGGUAGGACUUCCAUUGUGAUGGCCCACACAAUAUCUCCCCACAAGAUGUGUCAUGCCCCUACCCUGUUUUCAUUCUUAUGGCAGGCAAAGACAUACCUCUUUCCUCAGGCCUUUGCGGAGGGAUGAAAUGCAUGCCUGAAGGAGCGUCUCCACCCCCAUCAUUCAACCCAGACACUGAAGUCCAGCACCGAGGGCCUUCUGGUGGUUCCCUCCCUGUGAGAAGUGAGGUUACAGGGAACAAGGCGUAGGGCCUUCUUGGUGGUGGCACCCACCCUGUGGAACACCCUCCUGUCAGAUGUCAAGGAAAUAAACAACUACAGUGGUACCUCGGGUUACAUACGCUUCAGGUUACAGACUCCGCUAACCCAGAAAAAUUACCUCGGGUUAAGAACUUUGCUUCAGGAUGAAAACAGAAAUUGUGCUCUGGCGGUGCAGCAGCAGCAGGAAGCCCCAUUAGCUAAAGUGGUGCUUCAGGUUAAGAGCAGUUUCAGGUUAAGAACAGACCUUUGGAACGAAUUAAGUACUUAACCCGAGGUACCACUAUAUCUGACUUUUAGAAGACAUCUGAAGGCAGCCCUGUUUAAGGAAGUUUUUAAUGUUUGACGUUUUAUUGUGCUUUUAAUUUUCUGUUGGGAGCCGCCCAGAGUGUCUGGAGAAACCCAGUCAAAUGGGCGGGAUAUAAAUAAUAAAAGUAUUAUUAUUAUUAUUAUUAUUAUUAUUAUUAUUAUUAUUAUUAUCAUGGCUUCAUAUUUUAUUCUGCUUGGUGCUGCCUGUUUUAUCCAUAACUGCUAUUGAAUUAUAUAUUGAAGAAUAAUGAUGCAACCAUUAGUCUUUGGUCCUUGCAAUAUCUUGCAACCAAAAACCCUAAUGGAGAAGCAUCUUCUGGUGGUUCCGUAAAGGUCUUCAUACUAGACCACCACUUUGUGGUCAUGAUUAAGCUAAUGGGUGGAUUUAACCAUAAAGAUUGUUGUUUUAUGGUUUUAGCUUUAAGAGUUUGUGUAGGUUUUUAAGAUUUAAAAUCACUAUUAUUUAUACUGAACCUUCAGGAGAAGUUUGGUGGGGCAGGGAGGGGUGGAAUCUAAGGGCAGAAUCCAGCCAAAGUCAAGCAUGUUUAAAAUGUAUGAUCCAUUAAUUAUAAUGCAAGUGUGUUAAUGAUCCUAUUAAAAUCAAAUUAACAUGUAAUGCUUAAAUUGUAACCUUUAUAAAUAAUCCAGUAAACAGCACACCAAGAAUAUACAUUGACAAGGAAUAUGUACUUUAAACUAACCCUUUGCAAACAUUAUUUCCUAUAAUUUCCUUGCCACAUAUACAUAUCAAAAUGUAUUAAUCUCCCACCUUUGCUAUAGAAAAAAAAUGAAAAUGCUUAGAUAGCUUUAGGAUAUUUUGAAGAGGGUGUCUUUAAUAAGAUAUAUUACUUAGUAUAAAGUUCAUUGGAAUCAAUGUUAAUUUAUUUCUAUACAAAUGGGUUAAGCUGCAAUCCUAUACACGCUGACCUGGAAAAACAUCCCUAUGAACAUGUAUGGCUGUGGAUGGGAUUGCAUUGUUAAGAUUAAGGGAUAGAAUAGCUCUGGUUUUGUCCUUCAAGUUCCCACCCACACCCACCUCCACUCAGAUGCCUAGCUCAUUGCCUUGGCUUAUUAAAAUUGCCUUUAUGAACUCUCUAAAUAGACUUUAAAUAGCGUAGACCACCAGAGCUCCAUGCUGCUGACCUCUUAAGACUACUGAAAUUCAGAUAAUAGAGAUCAAAACACCCAGUUAGAUUAACACACAAAGGCUACAAAAAUUUACUUUGAUUAAUACCCUGAAGCAUACCGCUACGUUGGCUGGUCUAAGUCAAACUGAAAUCUUGCAUUUCAGCAGAACGGAACAAUUGACAUAAUAACGUUAAUGAGAGAAUGAGAAGACAUUCCAUUAAAUUUUAAAAUCAGGCAGAAGGACUGCUUGCCUGGUUUCAUUAUACCCCUUCACUUACCAUGACUCCUGAAAUUCACAUAAGAGCUUUCCCUCUAUAGUGCUGAGGUAUGGAAAUGUCUUCCCCAGAAAACGGUUGCACAAUGCCCUUAACUACCACUCUAAUGGCCUAAAGGUCUUUGAGUUCCAGAUCUCGCAAUUCCAUCUGCUUUUACAAGAGAAGGGAGCUUGAUUUCUUAAAGCUAAAGUCAAUAGUCAGGAGGGAAUUCGACAAAUGAAAUCUGACUGAGAGGGGCAGAUUUCUCUCAUGCAAGGUUAUAUGCAUUCUAAGGCUUCUCUUUGCUCAUUCCCCUCAAAUUUUAUUCAUGUUUCACAUGGAGCCUGAAGAAGAUGUCCUCUUUGGGCUCCAGAGAGGGUCUCCUUCUGAGCCAGGUGGAUUCUCCCUUUCCGGGUACCACUUUCAGGUAUCUGGCCCUGUGUGUAAAUGAGGAGUUGUCUAUACUCACAUGUGCAGCCUGAAGGAAAGUUGCAGCUUUUCUUCCUCAAUUAGACAUAAAAGUAAAUUGUUAUUUUCCGAAAAAUCGAGAAGGGGACAAUCUCCCCUCUGUGCAUUGGUCAGGUACUCAAACAACUUGGAACCCAAACACCGCAAACCGGGAAGUAAGUGUUCCAGUUUGUGAACUUUUUUCGGAAGCUGAACGUGCUCGGUUUUGAUUGUUACGCUUCCUGAUUUGAGUUUUACGCUGAGGUCUGUCUGUUUUUGUCAUUUUGCAUUUUUGUGGCAUUUUUUUGUUUUGUUUUUGUGACUGUGUGGAACCCAGUUCAGCUACUGGUUGGUUGGUUGAUUGAUUGAUUGAUUGAUUGAUUGUGUGACUGCAGUAUACUGUUCAUUGCUUUCAUUUUAUGGAUCAAUGGUCUUGUUAGAUAGUAAAAUUCAUGUUAAAUUGCUGUUUUAGGGGUUGUUUUCAAAAGUCUGGAAUGGAUUAAUCCAUUUUGCAUUACUUUCUAUGGGAAAGCCUGCCUUGGUUUUGGAACGGACUUCUGGAACUGAUUAAGUUUGAGAACCAAGGUACCACUGUAGACCAGUUUCAUGAUAAGCAGUCCAUGAGGCUAUCUACAUUGAUCUCCAUUUUAGGAGCCGAGUGGAAUCCCAACGUAGCAAAUGUUCCAUCAGGGCAAGGAUCUCUGCUUGUACAAUGGAAUGCUAUCCCCCUCCCGUCCCCUGCCCCACAUUUCGCUCUCAAUCUAAGCGUUCCUCUAACCCUCAGCAGCAGAUUUGGAGAGGGUGUGGGGCAAAUGCAGAGGAAAGAGAGAGGGAGAAAUCUCACUGUGCAAGUGACAGGACUCAUUGGUAGAAUACGGCCCAUAAUCCAAAGGACAGACAGACCUAGGAACUUAUUGCAAUACAUUGAAAAGUCACCUGAUACUAUUUUUCUUGCACCGUCUCACUUACAUAACAAGAAGUCACAUAGAGUAGGCAUGCAGACAUAUUGUCUGUUCUGUGUUCAUGACACACCACUCAAUUCAUCUAUUUGGCAAUCAAAACAGAUGCCUGUUGAGUAUACAUUAAAUGAAAGGAUUGAGAAUUGUCACAGGACUCAGUGAUGGCGAUUUCCUUUGCAAUGAGGAGAGGCCAAGGCCAGUAUCACAUGGCUAACACCCUACAGCCGUCAGACUACCGGUGCAAUAAGCAAAAGCUGCCAAGGCUACAAGAUUACUUUUCUUAUUCUUUUUUCACUGAAUCAACUUGUGCCAUUUCUGCCUGUAAUCACCUUCCCGACCUCAUUCUCCUCCAGCUAUUGUACAAACCAUCUUUUUUCCUACAUAGCAGCCAUGAAAGCCUUUUGAACGCCAGAAAGUAGCUCUGAAAAUGAAUGUUGAGCAAGGCUGGGCAGCUGGGGCUGAAUGAAGUUUGAUUUCCCUGUUAACUUUCGUACCAAUACAAGUCUUUGUGCCUACAGCUGCAUUUCAAAUAUAUAGUCAUCUGAACACUACCAAAGGAAGGGAAAAAAAUAUUCACCUUUGAAGGGGUGGUUGUUGUAUUUUUCAUGUAUAAUAAAUCACUGUAACUGAAGCUCUACAUGCAGGGUUUUUUGGUGGGGGGGGAGCAAUCUAUUUUUAAUGUUGUUUUGGCAGACUUCAUAGGAAAGGGGUUAAGUACGUAAGUUACCAGGGAACGAAAAAGAAAGAUGCAUAUGCUCAGGUUUGGUUAAAUGAUAUGCAAGAAGAUUGCAUUCUCCAUGGGGUAAUACGAUAACAAAAGUUAGAAAUAAAACAGAAAAUGAGUUUUGACGGGUAAUUUGGAUGUGAAACAGAGGCCAGGGUGUUUUGAUCAGUGUUCGAAACUCCCACUGUUAUAGGCACAUUUUGCGACAAGGAAUUUCAUUAGCGCAAGCAGCUUCUGAGCUCUGGGCGCAGUACUGCACCCAUGAUUUCAGAUUAAAACUGCAGAGUGGAAGGAAAGGAGGGCUUUUUUUCUUGCUCCCCACUUCCAGCUACUUUCUGAAGACUGGAGAAGAGACCCUCUUAAGAAUAUUAGGGGGGUAAGGCAAGGGAAGGAUUAGACCAUGUGACAAAUGAACAUAACAUUUUAGCUGCAGUUCAUUCAUUUUCCGCUUUGUAUUAUUGUUAAAUUAAAAAAAGCGCACCUAGACAUGCCAUUUAGCUCCUAGCUUUCAUAUCACUGUUUCUAACACCCGUUUUGAUAAUAUAAACCUAGAGUGGGUGGGGAACUGGCAUUUUUGUUCUCUUUAAAAGAGGUUCUGCCUUUAGAAAAUCCUGUCACCAAGUGAUUAGAAAGGCUUCACCCAGUCAUUGGGUGCACAAACCUUUGUUCUGUAAAGUGGCAGAAUGUCAACUCUUAAAAACCACAGUAACCUUGGUCUUGAUGCCCUUCAGAAAUCAUGCCCACCUUUUGCCAUAUGCAGGCAACUGUGUGUAUUCCUUUUCCUUUGAAGAUCUGCAAUAUAGCAUAGAGAAUCAUUCUGAAACCAGGACCUUCUUGGUAUGAGGUUGAGGGCUGCAAUUCUGUGACAUUUACUUGGACGUAAGCCCGAUUGAACUCAGAGUAAAUGUCCAUGGAGUUGGGCUCUAGUUUGUGUAAGUGAAGAAAUGUUUGAGGUGUUUACCCCCCCAUUACCUACCUUCCUUCUUCUAACUUGCAUGAUUAAGGAUCAUGUGCAGUCCUCCAUCUGAUCUGUUACCCACAGAAACUGAACAAAGUCCAUAAGCAAGAAAUAGGCUCCUAUUAUGCUUCUGUGAAGCAGCACGUUCUUUGGAGGAGAAAAAGGGCAUUUGCAGAAUACAGUUGCACUAAAUUGAUUUUGAUGUCUUGAGUCACUUGAGAUGGCUCACACAUAAAGGUGAAAACAGCUGUCAUGCUCAGCGUCCGUCUCAGGGACAUAGUGAUGUACUUUUUGUGUGUGAACGUGCCGUUGGAGGGGGGAGUGUUUUUAACCUUGCAUCUGCUCCUAUCCCAUCCAAUGUGAAUACUUCACAUGGCACGACUACUAAAUGAAUCUCUUUAACAUCCUCUGCUAAGUGUGCGCUGCCUGAUUGAGGUUCAUUAUAUUAUUGCACCUGUCAAAUAAUAUGUAAUCAGUGAAACUUUCCUGAGACUAAAAUCUAUCUGUUGCCCUGUGGAUAGUCUAAAACUUAUCUCCAUUGGGAGGGUUCUAAGGGAAAAAACAAUGAAACACCUAUCUUGAACUAAUUUAUAUGUUUGGCCUCUGUACCUGAGCGCAAUGAUUAAUAACAUCAUUGCAGUCUCAAAGCUGGGCAAGCAAUGAAUUAGCAAGGCUUUGUCAGUACUCACACUAAUUAGAUUGCAGUCCUAUAUCCACUUACUUGGAAGUAAGCCUUGUUAAAAUAAAUGAGGCUUACUUCUGAGUAAACAUGUAUUGGCUUGCAGUGUACAGGCAAUAUAUUAAAUUCCACUAAGCCUUCUUAAAAGUUUCAUUUUAGAGCUGCUCUUUACUCACGACUCUAUGGCUUUUAGGCGAGUCUGAGUUCUAAUACAUAGUUAAGGACAAGGUCCAGGUUUGCACAUAAUGCUAACAAUGGUUAGCAUAAACCAAGGUUGGUAAACAACCAACCAACCAUGGCUUACGAGUGUGGUUUGCUUAUGGCUAAUACAGUAUAGUUAAACUGCAGGUCAGAUAUAGACAGUCAACCUAUGGUUUACUAAACUAUGGUUUAUAAACCAUGGCAUGGUGUUACAUGUGAACUCAACCACCUUCAUGACUUUCUUAAGGAAUAAUUUACACUUUCUUACAGUCUCAACUGCCACAUUAAAUAAACAUACAAUAAAAUUUAUCUAUGUAGUAUGAAGAACAAUUAGGGAUGUCAGAGAAUUCUGACAAAAACUGGAAAAUGAAGCAGAAAUUGCUGCAGUUUACAUGUUUCUAGGCAGCAACAGUUAACCGACUAUGACUGGUAUUUCUUCACAUCAUUAUUGUGUUUUAGUCCACAAUUGAUAACAUAAUAGCUUCUUAAACAUUAUUUUAAUGCUUCUUUUACAUUGAAAUGAAUGUCAAUUAUGUAAGUUACAUAUCUUAAAAGUUAAAUAGCAGACAGGGAGGCAAAUAGCAUAGAACUUGGCAGAAACCAAACUGCAACAGAAUGGAAACUACAUCAACUGUGAUGUAUACAGGUUAGAGACGAAAUUGCUGCCUUCUUGCAUCCCUAGCAACAAAGCAGGACAUCACCCCAAACACUAUUCUCAGUUUUAAGGCAUUGCUAAAGUAGUGCAAAAGAUGAAAGCUUGUCACCUUCUGAAAGCUACACCUUUUAGGCUACACCUGAUAAAUUCUCUAUUCAGCACAACUGUUUAAAGGACCCCACUUUUGCAUCUGACCAUCCCAGUCAUGCUUUAAAUUUUAGGUCACUUCAUGGGCUCAUAACUCGAUGGUAUCGCACAUGUUUAACACGAACAAGUCUCAGGUUCAAUCCCUGGCCUCUCCAGUUAAGAGGAUAUUGGGGGCAGUUCCAGCAAAGUCGUGAGUCCUCAGAGAGCCAAUGUCAGUCAAAGCGGACUAAGCAGUACUCUGCUAGAAAGAUCAAUAGCAUGACUCCACAUACAGCAAAUGUGCAUGUUCAUUUGACAGGUGGGUGAUGACUGUUUGUAUUUAAUAGGUCCUGCUCAGCUAGAGGCUCAGUUAAUUCACAGGUGUUAAAUGAUGGAAAGAAUCUGUCUCCUGAAGAAAACUGCCAAAACAGCUAUGAAAUGAAUAUAUCACAAACACAGUGA